GGCGGGGCUCCGAGCCCAGGCCACAAGAUGCAGAGGCUCCGGCUGAACGAGGCUCACGCCGUGUACCUGGGGCAGCUCGCCCGCAAGGACGGCACCCGCCGGGGGAUCCUCAGCAAGAGGAGCUCGGAUAACAGCCGAUGGCAGAGCCGGAGCUUCUCCCUCCUGCACAACCUGCUCUUCUGCUUCGAGAGCGAGUCCAGCGGCCGCCCGUGUGGGCUCUACCUGCUGGAGGGCUGCAGCUGUGAGCGGGGGGCCAAGGGACUACCAGACAAACAGGUACCGGACUACGGGACUACAUAUUACAGGUCAUACAUGCAGUGUGCCGGGAACAUACAUCUUACAUAUAAUGCAGUGUUCAUAUCACAUGGCUAGAGGGGUGAUAUAAUGCAGUAUGUUGGGUUUAAUGACAGGUGCUUAUCACAUGGGUAGAGGGGUGAUAUAAUGCAGUAUGUUGGGUUUAGUGACAGGUGCUUAUCACAUGGGUAGAGGGGUGAUAUAAUGCAGCGUGCUGGAUUAAAUUACAGGUAAAUGUUACAUGGGUAGAGGGGUGAUAUAAUGCAGUGUGCUGGAUUAAAUUACAGGUAAAUGUUACAUGGGUAGAGGAGUGAUUUAAUGCAGUAUGUUAGGUUUAAUGAUAGGUGCUUAUCACAUGGGCAGAGCAGUAUGUUAGGUUUAAUGACAGGUGCUUAUCACAUGGGUAGAGGGGUGAUAUAAUGCGGUAUGUUGGGUUUAGUGACAGGUGCUUAUCACAUGGGUAGAGGGGUGAUAUAAUGCAGUGUGCUGGAUUAAAUUACAGGUAAAUGUUACAUGGGUAGAGGGGUGAUAUAAUGCAGUGUGCUGGAUUAAAUUACAGGUAAAUGUUACAUGGGUAGAGGAGUGAUUUAAUGCAGUAUGUUAGGUUUAAUGACAGGUGCUUGUUACAUGGGUAGAGGGGUGAUAUAAUGCAGUAUGUUAGGUUUAAUGACAGGUGCUUAUCACAUGGCUAGAGGAGUGAUAUAAUGCAGUGUGCUGGAUUAAAUUACAGGUAAAUGUUACAUGGGUAGAGGGGUGAUAUAAUGCAGCAUGUUAGGUUUAAUGGCAGGUGCUUAUCACAUGGGUAGAGGGGUGAUAUAAUGCAGUGUGCUGGAUUAAAUUACAGGUAAAUGUUACAUGGGUAGAGGGGUGAUAUAAUGCAGCAUGUUGGAUUAAAUUACAGGUAAAUGUUACAUGGGUAGAAGGGUGAUAUAAUGCAGUAUGUUGGAUUAAAUUACAGGUAAAUGCUACAUGGGUAGAAGGGUGAUAUAAUGCAGUAUGUUAGGUUUAAUGACAGGUGCUUAUCACAUGGGCAGAGCAGUAUGUUAGGUUUAAUGACAGGUGCUUAUCACAUGGGUAGAGGGGUGAUAUAAUGCAGUGUGCUGGAUUAAAUUACAGGUAAAUGUUACAUGGGUAGAGGGGUGAUAUAAUGCAGUAUGUUAGGUUUAAGGACAGGUGCUUAUCACAUGGGCAGAGGGGUGAUCCACUGCAAUUUGUUGGGUUUAAUGAGAGGUACUUAUUACAUGGGCAAAGGGGUUGCUAUAAUGUGGUGUGCUGGAUCCAAUGACAGUUACAUAUUACAUUGUCAUAGGAAUGAUAUAGUGCAGUGUGCUGGGUCCAAGAGAGACUCAUACAUAUUGCAUAGUAAUAGGGGUGGUAUAUGGCAGUGUGUUGGGUUUAAUGGCAGGUUCAUAUUACAUGGUUAGAGGGGGUGAUAUAAUGCAAUGUGCUGGGUCCAAGACAGGCAGGUAUAUAUUACAUAGGCAGAAGCAGUGAUGUAUUGCAAUGUGCUUUGACCAAAACAGACCGGGAUAUGUUGCAUAAGCAGAUGGGGUGAUAUAAUGUAACGUGCAAUGUCCUAGACAGGCCGUUUUAUAUAUUUCAUGGACAUAGGAAGUGUUCUAAUGCAAUAUGCUGGAUCUUAGACAGGUAGGUACAUAUUACAUGGAUACAGGGGGUGAUGUAAUAAAAUGUGCUGGAUCCAAGACAGACACGAACAUACUACAUGGGAAGAGGGGGUGAUAAAUUGCAAUGUGCUGAGUCCUAGACCUAUAGGUACUUAUUACAUAGGCAGGGGAGGGCCACAUAAUGUAAUGUGCUGGGUCCAGGAAAGAUACAUAUUACAUGGGCAGAGGGGCUGGAAUGGACUAGGGGGGCUGGACAGCCAGGUACAGAAUGCAUGGGAAGCAGGGGUGAUAUAAUGCAGUGUACAUGGGGACUGGACAGACAGGUACAUAUUACUCGGGUAGGUUGACUGAUAUAAUCCAAUGGACGAGGAACUCAGAUAAAACAGGUAUAUUUUACAUGGACUGUGUGGUGAUAUAAUGCAAUUUGCUGGGUCCAGGACAGACGGGUACAUAGUACAUAGAGUGCUACAUAGAGGGAUCCUAAAUAGACAGGUACAUAUAUGCACAGAGGGAUGAUUUAAUGCUUUAUACAGGGAGACCAGAUAAUCAGGUGUGUAUGUAUAUAUAUAUAUAUAUAUAUAUAGACAGAGGGGUUAUUUAAUUCUUUAUACGGGGGCGGAUAAACAGGUAUUUAUUUGGACAGAGGGGUGAUUUAAUGCUUUAUAUAGGGGCCUGGAUAAACAGGUACAUAUUGACCGAAGAAAGGAUUUGAUGCUGUGUGCAGGGUCCUGGACAGACUGGUACAUGGGUAGAAUAGAUGACAUGUUGCUAGGGUGAUUGGGAAAUUAGUUCAUAUUCUAUGAGUAGAGGAGCUGAAUUAAUGCUAUGUGUCGUAUCCAUGGACAGGGCAAUACAUCUGUAUCAGACAGACAAGUAGGUAGAUUCUGGGCAGAGAAAAUGACAUGAUAGGUAGUGGAGAUGUUAUCCUGGCCUGGUUUGUGCAGAGAGGUAGAUAUUUUUGUUAGAGGAGAUGGCAUGCUACUCUGUGGAGACAGGCAGAGGAGAAAACAUGCAGAUGCUGGAUACAAAGAGGUAUGUGGGUAGAGGGGAUUACAUGCAGCCAGGGACCUAGAGGUAGGUAUGUGGGUAGAGGGCAUGGCUUGCAGCUAGGUAUAUAGAGGUAGGUAUGUGGGUUGAGGGGAUGGCAUGCAUGCCACUAGGUACAUAGAGGUAGAUAUGUGGGUAGAGGGGAUGAUAUGCUUCUAGGUACAUAGAGGUAGGUUUGUGGGUAGAGGGGAUGGUAUGCUUCUAGGUACAUAGAGGUAGGUUUGUGGGUAGAGGGGAUGGUAUGCUUCUAGGUACAUAGAGGUAGGUUUGUGGGUAGAGGGGAUGGUAUGCUUCUAUAUAUAUAUAUAAAAAAUCUAUAUCUCUCGCUAUCUAUCUAUCUCUCUCGUUAGUUGGAUGACAGGUAGAUAUAUGAAUAGAGGGAUGCCAGGCUGCUAUAUGCAGAGAGGUAGAUAUAUGUGUAGAGGGAUGCCAGGCUGCUAUAUGCAGAAAGGUAGAUAUAUGUGUAGAGGGAUGCCAGGCUGCUAUAUGCAGAGAAGUAGAUAUAUGAAUAGAGGGAUGCCAGGCUGCUAUAUGCAGAAAGGUAGAUAUAUGUGUAGAGGAAUGCCAGGCUGCUAUAUGAAGUGAGGUAGAUAUAUGUGUAGAGGGAUGCCAGGCUGCUAUAUGCAGAAAGGUAGAUAUAUGUGUAGAGGGAUGCCAGGCUGCUAUAUGAAGUGAGGUAGAUAUAUGUGUAGAGGGAUGCCAGGCUGCUAUAUGCAGAGAGGUAGAUAUAUGUGUAGAGGGAUGCCAGGCUGCUAUAUGCAGAGAGGUAGAUAUAUGAAUAGAGGGAUGCCAGGCUGCUAUAUGCAGAAAGGUAGAUAUAUGUGUAGAGGGAUGCCAGGCUGCUAUAUGCAGAGAAGUAGAUAUAUGGGUAAAGGGCUGCCAGGCUGCUAUAUGAAGUGAGGUAGAUAUACGUGUAGAGGGAUGCCAGGCUGCUAUAUGCAGAGAGGUAGAUAUAUGUGUAGAGGGAUGCCAGGCUGCUAUAUGAAGUGAGGUAGAUAUAUGUGUAGAGGGAUGCCAGGCUGCUAUAUGCAGAAAGGUAGAUAUAUGAGUAGAGGGAUGCCAGGCUGCUAUAUGCAGAAAGGUAGAUAUAUGUGUAGAGGGAUGCCAGGCUGCUAUAUGCAGAAAGGUAGAUAUAUGUGUAGAGGGAUGCCAGGCUGCUAUAUGCAGAGAAGUAGAUAUAUGGGUAGAGGGCUGCCAGGCUGCUAUAUGCAGAAAGGUAGAUAUAUGUGUAGAGGGAUGCCAGGCUGCUAUAUGCAGAAAGGUAGAUAUAUGAAUAGAGGGAUGCCAGGCUGCUAUAUGCAGAAAGGUAGAUAUAUGUGUAGAGGGAUGCCAGGCUGCUAUAUGCAGAAAGGUAGAUAUAUGUGUAGAGGGAUGCCAGGCUGCUAUAUGCAGAAAGGUAGAUAUAUGUGUAGAGGGAUGCCAGGCUGCUAUAUGCAGAGAGGUAGAUAUAUGUGUAGAGGGAUGCCAGGCUGCUAUAUGCAGAGAAGUAGAUAUAUGGGUAAAGGGCUGCCAGGCUGCUAUAUGAAGUGAGGUAGAUAUACGUGUAGAGGGAUGCCAGGCUGCUAUAUGCAGAGAGGUAGAUAUAUGUGAAGAGGGAUGCCAGGCUGCUCUGGGCAGGCCAUUGGAUAGGACUUCUCUGUCGUAAAGAUGGGAUAUGUGUUUGGACAGAAGGCCUGGGCUGACAAUGGGCUGCUGCAGUGUAAUGAACAGGGUAUCCAUGGGAAAUAAAUGUAUACACUGCUGCAAGAUUAGCCAAACGUAGAUUAGAUCUUCACCUCACUUAAAUGCUGCAUAACAUUGUGGAUAUUGUUGUUAUAAAACAAUGUACGGUUCUGUCUUUGGCCACCCCUGUACUAAUUCGCAGGUACAAACAUCUGACAGUAACAGGAAGCCGUGUGUUUGGGGUUGGGGAGUAUAGAUGGAUAGAAGGAGUAUAUAUCAAAUGGAAGCUAAUAUAAUCCUUGACAGUCAGUGCAACGGUGGUGAUAGGUUUAUACAAGGUGAAGCAGCGCCGAGGCCUAGACUGUCAGGUAAAUAAAUAAGCAACAGAUAGAAUCCAAGAUACAGACAAGGAGGGUGUCAGAAUCAAUUAGGAAGAGGCAGAGUUCUUGCUGUGCCUAAUUAGCUUAAUUGUUAGAUUGAUUAUUAGGUUUAUGUGCAUAUUUAGCAGGGUGCCGCUUUAGAGUGCCCUAAUCCUGCACAAGUGGCUGUAUUAAAUAAUUUGAGAAUGUAUACAUCAGUAAUGAAGAUAUUGCACUGUAUAAACACAUAUAGGAUGCAUGUAUGGAGUAAAUACUGUCUGCGCUGCUGUGAACCUAGAGGGUCAGAUUUUUUGAGAACAAGUAGUCUGGCACAAGUAUCACUUUUCUUCUAGGCGUAUGUCUGCUGAAAUCUGUGAUCACGGCAGGAUUCAAGUCCAAAAAAAAUUGGGAACUCCUCAAGUUCACCACUCUUUCCCAUCUGUCAGGUAGCUCACAACACCUCUCUCUUAACUAUCCUAUAUGAAAAGAAAAAUCCUCCUGAAAAUUACCCUUUAGUUCUCCUUAGUUCCAGACAGUGUUAUUUAUUUAAGUGAUAACUGUCCAGAAUUGUAAAUUAAUUUGAAAUUUAGGGCAAAAGUAACCAUUCCGGAAGCAUACCUGACAGGGUGAAUUUAUCCAAAUUAGCCAAUUUAGACCUUAAAGUGACACUUUUGGAACCCAGACCACUUCUCACAUUACAGUGAAGUGGUCUGGUUGACAUGUCCUUGUAAUUUUAAGCCUACAGCUGCAAAUAUUGCAUUUCUGCAGGAACGGCAGUGUUUACAUUGCAGCGUUUAAAUGCCUCUAGUGGCUGUUGCUCUGACAGUCAUAUAGGCACGUUUGGAGAAAUAGCCAAGUAAAAGAGAUCAUCCGAUAGGUGCAGUCUGGCGUUUUGCAGCAUGCACUAACCACCCAAUGCUUUGGAUUGGUUGAGAUCAGCGAUCUUGAUGAUCUCAGUCAUGUAGGCAGGAAAAGCUGCAGAGAGCACAUCGUGGCUUGGGAGGAAAGAUAAGUGAAAGUUACCCUUUCAUGUGCUCCGGAAGAGAGGGGGGUGAGUCAACCGCUACAGAACACUAGUUUUGAGAACAUACAUUUGUAUUCCUUACACUAUAGUGUUCCUGUAAAUUCCUGAUAAUUCUCAUUUUAGUGAAAAACCCUGAGAGUGUUCAACCUACAGACUGGGUAAAUCCUUGUAAUAUGAAUGCCCCACCAAACUAUGGUUUUACACUUUUCCUCUUUGCAUAUCUUCCUUCUGUAUAUGUUGUCUGCCAGGAUUUGUUUUCCUGGCACUGGAGAGUUCCUUUAAGCAAGAGGGAAAGGUUGAUCCCUGGUGGGCUGUCAAGUCUGCACCUACAUCUGGUGCAGACCAUAAGUAAUGCUGUGUUCCUUCAGGCAGGCAUUGGUGAAGAAUCAGAGCAUUGCCAUGGUAACCUGCAGCAAUGCUCUUAUGCUCUCCAAGGAGCAAAACACACAGCCUGAAACUGCUGGAGGUGCAGACCUCAAGCUCCCUGAGAUGCCUUUCAGCAGCCUGCUGGGCGUUUGACGCUUGUUCAAUGGCCAGUAUGCAGGCAUCAGAGAUGGUCUGUCUCCAAGGCCAACGUUGUGCGUCAUCAAAUAGGUACCUCUGCUGCGCCUCUGGGUUUAAUAGUCAGAUGCCGAAAUGUGAACAAUUAACACCCAAUCAUACAGCAUUACACACAUUCAAUGUGAACGAUAAUAUUUUAUUCACUUCUAGAUCAUUGGGGACUGGAACUGACCACGAUAAAACCAUGACAGGAGAAGCACAAGAUAUAAUAGCUGCAUGAAGUUAAAACAUUUCUUAAUUUGCUUUUCAACAGUUUUAAAAUACCCAGUGCUCUGUAUAGGUCCUUUCUUCACAAUAAAUGUAUUGGACCUCCGUUCCCUUGGAAAAUAUAGUAAGGAACUGAAUCCCAUUGAGUUCCCACUGCUCUAGAAUCCUCUAUCAAGUUAUAAUAAAUAUAUUUAUUUAAAUAAAGAUAUAAUCUGACAGGCAGAAGCAGGUUUAUACAGCUGGGGAACUCAUUCAAAUUUGGGUUUAGAUAAACUAGGUAAAAUACACGAUUGGAAGCACUAUAGGAUAUGGUCAGACUGCAUUCUCUAUGAAUGGACAAGUAAUUGUGUGUAUGAAAACCAAAAAUAUAGAAAGCGAAUAGUGUGAUCAGGAUGGAUAAAAACUACGUUUAAGAGGUAUAAUGGACUAGAGCAAGUUUACAGUCACUUUUAAUUGCAGGCAGAGUGAGUACCUAUCUAAGCAUAUGUAAUAUGCCCAGGACAUAAUUGAAAACGACAGAAAUCUCAAUGUAUCCUUCCUGGUAAAAUAUUUUAUAAAUAUUAUGUAGAUUAAUAUGUAGAUAUGCAUUAUGUUCUGGAGCCUUAGGUUGUAUGAAGAUGGGGCACUAUUUAAAGAUUACUUAUAGUCCUUUCAAAUGUUAUGCUAUUUUUGUUAAGGCAAGUGAAUAUUCUUUCUAGGGAAACAUAAUACUAGAUGCAGUAAAGAGUGAUAUAUAUAUAAUACCAGGACAUAAACACAGGUAAGUAGAAGAUCUACUCUAGGUUUCGGUAUUAUGAAGGAUUUUUAUCUUUAAAUACUACUGGGUAUAUAGCACAUAUAUAUUCAAACAAGGGACACUAUGAACAUAGAUUUGUUCAGAAGUAUUGUAGUGCAUGUGUUCUACUUCUAUAAAUAAGGUGAUCAUUUUGCCAAUACAAACAAAGCUUAUACUAACUAGAUCCUGCAGAGCAGCAGUGGUUAUUAGAUCUGGAGGUUCUUUUCAGUCCAAACUGUGAUUUGUCCGAAUUUGGGCCAAUCCAUAAUCUAUCGAAUUCCCUAACUAGGAGUCGAAAUCCUGAAUAAAAAACCAAAAAGCUGCACAAUGGCCAAACAUGUUUGUUUUAAUUCGUGAUUUUGAGUUCUGCCUGUGGCGCCAAAAAAGAGCCAGGUUUUCAGUACGGGAAUUCUACUGAGAGGAAUUAAUAUGUGGUCGAAAUUCAUGUGUUCCGAAAAAUUUAACAUUUUCUGGAAAACUGGUUCUGCCAAACCUAACUUUCUCGUCAUGCAAAGGUAUAAUGAUUACCUUGAAGCCCUGCAGUUUAUUCUACUUUGGGAGUAAGGUAACCUGCAAUAAAGAUGCAAAUAUUAAUGCAGAGAUGUAUAGGAUUAAACUUUUGGAAUAGAUCAGUCUUUCAUGACCGUUUGUGGUUACAGAACAAUAGUGGUCGUGCAGUAGAAGAACACAAGUAGUUCAUAAAUAGGUUAAGGGCCUAUGUAGCAAAAGAGAGAAAAGCUGUACUUUAAUAUUGAGACAUGCUGUGCAGUGUAUUAAUAUGGUUGGUUAUGACUUCAGAAACAGUGCAAUGAGUUACAUGGAGUUAUUGGGAGAUGAAUGUGUAUUGGGGAAGGGAAGAGCACUGAAUUAGCCCAGAUUAGUUUUUUUUAUUAGUGUGUCAAAACAUACAGGAUAGUUAUAGAAUCUGCCUACAGCAGAGUAUGUAUUGGUUGGUAUAAAGUUAGUUCUAGGAUGAAACAUCUGCAAAGUAUUAGUGAAAAGUACAAAAUAGUUCUAGAAUGAGGUAGCCUGUAGAAGAGAAAUGAUCAUGCAAGGAUAUUUAUAGCAUGUUAAGCCUCUGUGAGAGAGCACUGAGGAAUAUAGAAAAAUGAUAAGAUAACUCUUCUAAGAGAGCAAUGAUGUAUACAGGGUAUUUACAAGAUUAUCAUUGAAAAGAAACAGGAUAUUUUUAUGAUUAUGUAGAAGAAAGGUAUACAGGUUAUUUAUAAGGUUAUUCUGUAAGAGAAUGAAGCAUAAGGUAUUUAUAGGGUUAUGAGCAGUAUGUGAUAGUUAUAGUUUGAGUGAUGAGGAUUAUUGAUAGCUAAUUGUCUCAGCAAUAAAAAGGGAGGGCUGUAGGAUACGUAGUGGGCUAUGCUCAUGCAAGUUUACAGCAAUGGGUAAAUAAGAGGCAUAGGGUAAGAGAACUCAUCAGUGAGGUAUUACAAGACAUGUAUUAAAAGGCAAAUUGCAAUUGAGACAAUAUAGUUAUAGAUUGAGCAAUACUGUAAAUGGGCAUUUAAAGGGGCACCACAAGAACCAUAAUGACUACAGCUCAUGUCAGGGCAUAAAGGACAUGUCAGGAGUCCCCAAGCACCAUCCAGUGUUAAGCAGUCAAACCAGUUUUAAAUGGUUUGGCACUUUCCUGGAUUCCCUAGGUGCCCACAGUUCUUUUGGUCUUCUCAAUAUCACAAUGCUACAAUUUAAAGAAAUUUAACAUUUAAUAACAUCUUCUGAAUUUGGCUGAGAACCUAUUUCAUAGCCAUAAGACUUGCCCAGUGUAUUAUUUUUGUUGCCCCUAUAGGUACAAAAACAAGGAGGAGGCUACUAUUAAACCAUGGUGAAUAUGUGAUAUUCUCAAACCCUUCUGGCCAUUCCUCUCAACCACCAAACCUUCUACAGUUUUUUGGGGACUUCUUGUCUACAAAAUGUCUCUACCUGGGACACGGAGAUUCACAUAUUCCUAUCUAAUAUUUGGAAUGCUAAAUUGUCACUAUCUAGCACGAUAGGGGAUCUGGUCAGCUUUCAUGUUAUGAAUAGAUUCGGAUUAGGAAGAAUAUUUACCUCAGGAAGUUUUUCAAAUAUUUACAAAUCAGGUAUGUUUAACACAUAAAACCAUUAUGCUGGUAGCAUCACUCAAUAUGCCAAUAUUAUUAGCUCCAUAUUGCCAUACAUGUGCCCAUGAUCAUAAUGAAUCACCAUCUGUUAUGGAGCACUUAUCCCAUAAGCAACCCCUGCUAAAUGUGCCUACAUGCAAAAUCAGGAACACAAGCAAAUCAAUCACAGCCUCAUGAUAAUAUUUUUAUAAGGUGUUCCUCACUUCCACAUAUUUCCAACAGUCAGGAAUGUGGCAAGUUUAGUUCCCUGCUUCCUUACGAUAAUGGCUUUGUCCUGUCCUCAUACCACUAUACAAAAGUUGCCUCUAGGGCCAGAAAUCAGGAAUCAGAAAACAACGUAUCAUAUUUUAUUUUCCUUGUUGCAACAUUAUUGGCUAAAAUUCAAUGCUGGAAAUAUCAAAUGAUCCAAAACUUCACCACAAUAAGAUCAAUUAUUUUUCCAAACCAUGAUUGGGAACAGACUCAUAAUUUGUAUGAUGAAUUGAUCAGGAUACCAGGUGUGUGUUGUCUCCCACGCUUCCUUAGAAACAUAAGAGACAACAGAAUAUUAGAUGAGCGUCCUUGCAACAUAUGCACAUCUAUGAUGUAAUGAUGGUAUUCCUUGUGCAUUGACAUGACAGUGCUCAAAUCUAUACUUCACCUUUUUCCUAGAUUGCCAUCUUUUAUCUUCUGCUCUCUUCUUCUUAGUGGCAUCAUACAUUUGCUUCUUGAAAUUCUAAUAUAUAAAAAAUAUAAACAUUAUAUAGUAUAUAAAAAUAUAAUGGGCUGCCCUAUGACUAACGGUACCCUAGCCUUGCUACAAUUUAAAGAAAUUUAACAUUUAAUACCAUCUUCUGUGCUUUUUCUUUCCCAUAAGUGCUCAACCUUUCUUAUUUCCACCUCUGCAAUAUAUUAGAAAUUAGAGUAUCCCACUAGUAUUAUAUUCUUCGCCUUCUUUAAUACUGCAGUGGGAGGCAUAGAGAAUCAUUGUUAUGGCAUCAGCUGGGAAAUGCUUAUCUACUUCCGUGUUCAGUUAUCCCGCCCUUGUAGUUGUGUUAUAUGUAAGAUAGGACAUACUACCAAUAUUUACGAACCUUGCACAUCUGUGUGAGCUGUUAUCCACUGUACCUAUUAGUAUGUAUUAAUAAUGGCAUGUCAUUUUUCUAUGUGUAUAGGCGUAUAUGUAUAUUGGGUUUAUUUGAUUUUGGGAUAUUUAUGCAUAUUUUUGCACAUGUACUGAUGCUUUUUAAGAAUGAAACAGCUGGAAAUCUAGCAUUGUGACACAUUGUAUGCUAGUAUAGAAUUACUUUAAAGCUGUAUUAAUGAUUUAAUUGAAUUGUUGUUCAAAUAAAUCUGUAGAUGUUUAGUCAGUGUCAAGAAGCAAUGCUUAGAACCAUUGCCCCUACUACCCUUUUAUUCUGUUGAUGACCCCUACACUAUGUACAUAAAAAUAAAUACAUGUGAUUUUUUUUUUUCUUUUUGUCCUGUACUGCAUAUCCUAUUCAUGUAUCUUUAGUGUGCAGUUGGUGUCUAUUCUGUAUUUGUGUUUUGAUUUUUUUUUUCUUGGUAAUAUGCAGAAUGUGUUUUUGUUUUUAUUUGAUUUGUAUUCAAUCAAAUUAAAACCUUGUGUAUUCCUGGCAUUCUGCUGGUCUUGUUCUAUUUUCACAGUAUUAUUUUAUCAUCAAUUUUAAUCAUGAGAAUCAGAAGCCGCUGGAACUCCGGACGGAGGAUUCAAAGGAUUGCGAUGAGUGGGUGACAGCAAUAUCACGUGCCAGGUAAAGUUUGCACUACACCGACUCACAUAUAAUACACCCACUGCAUCCAGAUUACAUACACACACCACCCGCUCAGUCUGGGCCUCAAACAAAAUAAUGCAGCUGAGACGAAACAACACACUUCGAGGAAACCAUAAAUAUAUAAAUGAAAUAGAUCAUGUUACAUUCGCUGUGCCCAUAUUACACCCACUGAACAUGUGGCGUGGAAAACCACACAUGGCACCUGCUGUGCCCAAACAGCACAUAGAGCAUCUGACACAAUGAAACGAAAGAGCAGCAAUUGUGCAACAAGCACCCAACCUAGGUACUGGAAAGAGAUACAGAAGUGGUCCUACAACCACUCCAACCCUCAGUCAACCUUUAGCAAAAUCCUUGUUUGUCUGGAACAAAACUGUGCAGUUUGUUAGGAGGCAGUGGGGAGGGGAGCACUGUGAUAAUAAGCUAUAAUUUCAGAAAAAAACUUAAUGCUGGUUGAGGGACAUCUGCGCUGGAUUCAGGUAAGUCACUGAAGGGGUUUUAACCCCUUCAGCGUCGUGGGAGGGGGUGCGAGGGAGGGUGGUACUUUAAGAUUAUAUAGUGCCAGGAAAACACCUUUGUGUUCCUGGCACUAUUGAAUCCCUUUAAUUUUCUAAAGCAUACUGAGUACUUGGUUAAAAGUUAUGUGCCAAGCAUAACUGUCUUCAGCACCAUGGACAACGAUUUCUUCCCACUGCAAUUGACCCCUUUAGUAUAUAGCAUGAAUUACUGUCUUUUCAAUAUUUGCCUUGCAUUUAUGAACAAAUACAAUCAAAGGUAAGGAUCUAUUUCACCCACAACACAUGGCCCCAAGAACUACUGGAAAUACAAUCUGAACUGUCCUCUGAUCUUCUGGACUAUAUCUAUUGCACUUAGAACUACUGGAUUACUUCCAGUGUAUUGGAACGUUCAUGACUAUGUCUUUUGUACUCUUAACUCUCAACAAAUCUGUAAUUCAUGGGCUAUACACUCCUUUAUUAUUUUGGUACAGCUGGACUAAAAUCAGUACUUUUGGAAAUUCUGGACAAUAGUAAAUGCACUUCAUCAUUCAUCUUUCUGGUCUUCACAAAAUGUACUUGAAAGAGCAGCCCCUUCUCUGACCUCCUUGACUGUACUAAAUUCCCUUAGAAGUUUUCACCUGUGUUAUGGUAUUGUAAUACUCUUAGACUACAUUCUAUGCUUGACUACACUCACCAAUAUUGAAAUAACUUCAGAGUACUCACCGCUGUCUGGACUUCUGUAUGUCAUUUAGUACACUCGGUACACCUGGACUAGACCAUCAUCUUCCAAACUUUUGGAAUAAAUUCACUAUACUUGAUGCUACUGGACUGAACUAUUCACUGCUUACAGAUGUCCUACUGUCACAGCAGUGAGAAGUUUGGACUGAACACUCCAAAACAGGACCUGCCAAAACACUUAGACUAUAAUCAGUGAACUCAGAACUUGUGGAAGAUUUUUAGGGUUGGUGACUGAGAAGAUGAAUACCAAAAGCUACUAAUCGGGGAGGGAAAUCCAGCGUGGUCUGAGCAGAAUAGCUAUGUCUAAAUAAUACAUCUUCAUACACCAAAUACAUUUUGUGUCUUGUACCAUUAAUAACCAUUGAGAGCAGCAAAAAUAAUAAAGCAAUCUUGAUUAUAUAAAAUUACAAUAAUCUUUUUAAUAUGUGCUUACAAUAUGAAAUAGAAUAAAAGAGUCGAUGUCAUAGUUGGUGCAUCUGAAAAUGUAAGUCAGUAAAUAUCCACUCAGAAGUUAGUCUGCAAGUUUGUUGGUAAAAGUGCAUUUCAUACAGAUAGUUCCUCGACUGCAUUCCAAGUACUGUUCAUAAAAUGUCGCCUCAGUACGUGGUCAGUAGCCUGACUGACGGUCCCUCUUACUAAAGGAUUUUCUAUAAAAGAACUGGCAUUUUACAGCUGUCAUCCCAUGUUCUAAGAAACUAAAUUUUUUACAUUGAUAAUGGUGUUGACUUUUUCAUUGAGCAGUUUUGUUCUGAUCGGAGUCUGUUUUAUUAUGACAGUGCUACUUAGUUAUGCCAUCUACUGAAUAACAUUUAAGCUUGCUAAAAAAAAAAAAAAAAAACCCCCCACAAUUUAUUGUUGACCAACUAAAUAUUAAUCCCAUUGUAUCUGCUGUUGAACACUGAGUUUGGGUUUUAGUUGUGUGUGUGUAAAGUUUUUAGCAUAUCAUACAAGCACUAUGGCAAUAGUAGCUGAUUGAUGCCUGGCCACUGAUUCAAUAUAAUUACCAAUAUGGAUACAGCACUCUCCUGGAUCCCAGGGUGCAACCGGGCCUGAGAUUGGCCAAUCCUCCCAAUGCAGUUUGCAGAAACGUAAUGAUGGUCCAGACACUCAAGUUAAAUCCAUUGAGCAGAUAUAUUAAAGCAGAUGCAAAGCAACGUUUCGGCCCACAACAGUUUGACAAAGGCCCUGUUGUGGGCCGAAACGUUGCUUUGCAUCUGUUUAAAUCUGCUCACUUGAUUUAACUUGAGUGCCUGGACCAGCAUUACUUUUUUGGCCACUGAUUCAGACUUCACUGCACUCAAUCCUAUCAUCUCUCUCUAAGUCAGAUAUUUCAUGUUCUGUUUCUUCCCAUGAUGAAAUUAAAAUACCCAAUUGGAAACUGCUAUACCUGCUAUAUAAUUCUGCUUCCUUGUUCUUAGCUACAAGACUCUGGUGACCGAGCAUGAAGCAUUGAUGCAAAAGUAUCUACAUUUACUGCAAAUAGUAGAGACUGAGAAGAAGGUGGCAAAGCAGCUGAGACAGCAGAUUGAAGAUGGAGAGGUAGAGGUGGAACGCCUGAAAUCUGAGGUGAGAAAAAUGGUUAAUAAUGCCAAACAUUCAUGUCCAUUAAUUUCCAUUAAUACUUAAUGAUCAUUCUCUCUUAUUACCAUGUGUUCUUAAUAGGAUAGGACCCACCACAGUACAUUAAAACGUAUACAACAGUUCUCAAAUAACUGCUAGAAAAGUCCAAGGAUACCAUCUAAUAGACUUGAACAUACAUUUUUGGAUGAAUACGCAUGAAAGCAAAAAGAAAACAAAUUAAACAUAACUGGUGUGACCUUAUAAGAGCAAUAAGCAACAUGUGGUCUAUGUUCCCUUAUAACUAAUGGUAAAUAGUAGAGAAAACACUCACCUUAGUGUAUUAACAGUGACUCUCUCUGUGGAGUAUAGUGUGGAAGAUAAAUGCAUACAUAGAUGGAGUAUAGCUAUGGGGCCAUCUAGUUAGUGCAGACUUGUAAUAAUUCUGAGUUUAGUGGCGAUGAGCGUGUUUCUUGUGGGUUGCCAAAGGUUCCUUUUAAUUCAAUGAAUACAAUGUGUUUGUAAACCCGACAAACAUACUGCCUUAAAGUGAAUUGAGGUGAGGUAGGAGUGAUAUGUGGAGUUGCCAGUAGAGUUUAUGUCCCUUCCUCCUGAUUACUCAGCUGCUGUGACCAGAAUGUCAGCCAAGGAUGCCAAAUUUUCAUAUAACCCUGCCUCAUUGCUUUAGCUGACCAAUGGAGCUACCAGGAACUCCACGUUACUGGUAUCAUCAACUCUAGUAAUCCAGUGUUCUACAGAUGGGACCUGAGAUUGAUCCUGUAUACUAGGAUUAGAUUGUUUGUUUCACUCAGCAGAAACCAUAAUAGGCUCUGCUGAUGGUGUUCAUUAAAUGAUUUAGGCCAACCGAGGGUAACCUGUGAAGGGGUGAGUGUGUAAGGGACAGGUGUGGACAUAACUUCAUUCCAGGAACCUGGGGAUGUACCUGCAGAACCACCAAAUAUGCUCCAUUGUCAAGCACCCCCCCCCCCCCCCUCCCCCCCCCUCUGCCCUCCACACCUCUAACAUAUCACUCACUGUAGGAAAAAAAGUAUGAAGCUGUGCAGGUGUAUGAUACCACUGCGUCACACGUUUGUAAUAUUUUCUUAAAAUAUCCUCCAUGCAAUUUGAUUAUUUAAAAAUAGAAACAUCAGGGAGCGCUGCACCUCUAAAUCUCCCCAUGAUCCCCAUACUCAAUGCCACAGGUGAGGAAUAUAAUAAAUUAGUCCUAUGGGGCUCAAUAUGACCCCAAUAUUAAUAUAAGGGAGAUUGAAAUCCUCCUUUAUGCCCCUAACCGUCAUGCCAUUGGUAGGGGCAUGUCUACAGUGAGCAGCUAUUGCAUGUCCAGUGCGUGGCUAUUACAUAAAAUGAAUGAGGUGGACCUAUUGGUGGCGAGUGGUGGAGGGACCCAUUGGUUAUUGGGCACUCCCUCUGGGAAAAAUCCCCAGGCAAGUCUUGACAAAAUUGAGACUUGCCUGACAAAGACUCUUAUAUGGGCUUUUCUGCUAUGCAAGGUCAACCUUUGAAGAUGUAUUAUUAUUUUUGUAUCACUUUUUUUGUUUGUUUUUUUUAGCAAUUUGGUCCGUUUAUUUAUUGUAAUCGUUCAUGUUUUUUUAUUUGGCCUUUUCUGGGGCUGAAGGCAAGAUGUUUUAGAAAGAUAGAAGACACCUAACGUAAUUAUAAUUAUUUUUAACAGGAAUUUAGUUUAUUAGGCUUACAUUACUGUUAUUAUGGUGGGGAAGGAUAGGUAGGGUAUUUUUAUUGGGAGGGAUGGCUAGGAGCUUGGAAAACACUAGCCACCUGGGGGUGGGCAGCCAGUGCCUAAAUUGUAGAAGGGGAUCUAUAAUAUGUAUAUACCCCUUGUAUAUUUUAUUAUACUAUUGGGUGUGGGCUGGGGGGGGGGGGAAUAGAUUCUUCCCAUUAUUAUAUUUAGAUUCUUUACCCACGCGCAAUGGAUGGUGCUGGAGGGACCAUAGAUUUAUCGCCUUAUUAUAUUUAGAGCCCCCAUCUGCCACCAGUGGGUAGUGGCUGUGGGACAUUUAGUCUCACCUGUUCAAUGUAUUUAAUAAUUCUUACCCAUUAGCCACUAUGUCCCCCUCGCUUUAUUAUUAUUUUUUUAAUAGCCCCCUGUGGGAGCACGAGGGACCUGUGCCAUGUCCCCCUUUAUUGGAUUAGCAACAAUAGCUGCCCUAUCCCUAGUCUCUUUUUUAAUAGCAAGUAACCACAGUCUGUUAACUGUUGUUAGGUAGAUAACAUUUCCAUAUGAGUAGCAUGAAGGAGGAUUUACAUCUCCCUUACAUGUUUUUAAAUUUUUUUAGUCUUAGUAGCAAUUGAAAAACCAAAAUUAGGAAAAAGCCUUUCUUAAUUUUGAUCUUUCAUAUGCUUAUUAGAUAGCUCCCUCAUUUUUUUUUUUUUUGUGUCCUUAUGUGUAAUGGUAUCUUUAAAUUUGGCAAUCCCGCAUAAGGGUACCAAUUUAGGGAGUUAACUGCUAAACAGAUGCAUGAUUCAGUCUCAGAUCAGGGGAAUUUAUAUGCCAGGAUUUCAAAAUGUCCAAACCGAACAGUCCAAUGGAUGACAAUCAAUUCAAACAAACCAAAAAGUAUUUUUGUCCAAAUACAUUCAUAUGAACCGAAAUUUUCAGUUUUGUCCAAGUUUAAUGUCCAAGUGCACCAGGGUUUAGCCACAUUCAACGAUAUUUAUAGGAGCUAACUGGUGUAAAGUAUUAAUUUGAUAAUGUUUUGAUAUCUAAUGUCAGUCUUGUUCUUUGUUCCAAACACCACUGUAACAGUUUUGUAAGAAUUUAGGAACAGCUUGUUUCUAGAAAUCCAUCUGUGAAAUCCUGCUGUAAAACAGCUUCAAGUUAAUGUUUGUUUUCUUUGUGACAAUUAUGGUAUUAAUUUCGGACAUGUGGACAUUUGAGGUGUGACACACAGUGGAAAUAUCAUUUGUGAAUAUAGAACACAGUUAAGGCCAGAGAAUUGAACCUGGAAGGAACUCUAUGUGUAACUUUAAAUGUGUUGGAAACAUUGGCGUCAAUACAUAAAUACAUAUUUGGCUUUGCUUGAAGUUCAGACCAGAACCUAACUAGAGGAAGGCAGAUGUAGUUCCUAUAUUUAAAAAGGGUUCAAAAUCCUUGCCUGGAAAUUAUAGACCUGUGAGCUUAACUUCUGUGACUGGGAAAAUAUUUGAAGGGCUGUUAAAGGGACACUAUAGUCACCUGAACAACUUUAGCUUAAUGAAGCAGUUUUUAGUGUAUAGAACAUGCCCCUGCAGCCUCACUGCUCAAUCCUCUGCCAUUUAGGAGUUAAAUCCCUUUGUUUAUGAACCCUAGUCACACCUACCUGCAUGUGACUUGCACAGCCUUCCAUAAACACUACCUGUAAAGAGAGCCCUAUUUAGGCUUUCUUUAUUGCAAGUUCUGUUUAAUUAAGAUUUUCUUAUCCCCUGCUAUGUUAAUAGCUUGCUAGACCCUGCAAGAGCCUCCUGUAUGUGAUUAAAGUUCAAUUUAGAGAUUGAGAUACAAUUAUUUAAGGUAAAUUACAUCUGUUUGAACCAGUUUUUUUUUCAUGCAGGCUCUGUCAAUCAUAGCCGGGGAAGGUGUGGCUAGAGCUGCAUAAACAGAAACAAAGUGAUUUAACUCCUAAAUGACAGUGAAUUGAGCAGUGAAAUUACACUAAAACUGCUUUAUUUAGCGAAAGUAAUUUAGGUGAUAAUAUUAAGGGAUAAUAUUCAGGAAUUCAUUGGGAAAAACUUUAUUAGCAAUAAUCAGCAUAGUUUUAUGAAACAUAGGCCAAGUCAAACUAAGCUAAUUGCAUUCUACGAAGAAGUAAGUAGAAGUAUAGAUCAGGGUGUUGCAGUGGAUGUGAUCUAUUGGGAUUUUGCCAAGGCAUUUGAUACAGUACCUCACAAUAGAUUAGUCUUCAAACUAAAAGAAAUUGGUCUAGAUCAGUGAUGGCGAACCUUUUUGAGCCCGAGUGCCCAAACAGCAAUACAUGCCAACUUUUUUUUCCUUAAAGUGUCAACAUGGCAAUUAAACCUGAAUACUGAGGUUUAAGUUUAGAAAAAACAACUUGUACAGUUGUCCGAACUAAUAAACAACUUUUGUUUUAAAAAAAGAACUGAACUGCUGAAUACAUACACACAGUCUGCUGAAUACAUACACACAGUCUGCUGAAUACAUACACACAGUCUGCUGAAUACAUACACACAGUCUGCUGAAUACACACACACACAAUAGUACAGAAUAAUAAUAUACACGCUGUGAAAGACAAAUAAGUAGCUCUAAAACACCUAAAAGAGUGGUAUCCCUUACACCGCUAAAAACAUAAUAUAAUACAUACAGAGUUAUAGGUGGAGCUGUGGAGUACCUUGAACAAUCUGGAAAAUAGAAUAUAUGCAAAUAGCGUAGUAUGUCUAUACAAUAUGUAGCAUAUAAAAAUGAGAAUAAAAGCACUCACAAGGAUGGAGUCAUACCGUCAUAUGACUCUUAAAGUAUGUUCUCUUGGACCAUUAGGGGGUUGUCCAAACCCUUCUUUUGUUGAUUGCUUGUUAUUUCUCCUGAUGGUCUUCAAUAAAGAUACUCAGUAUGCCAGGGAUCUUGGAAAAUAAUUCUUGUUUAUUUGUAGAUAAAAUAAUAAAAUGGCAAUAUACUAAACCAAUAUAUAUUGGGUGUAGAUAUAGUCCAAUAAAAAGUCUAUCAAAGUUGAAAAUGAGUGUCCAAAACGCGUUUCGCCUGAUUAACAGGCUUCCUCAGUUGGCUCUAAUGUUUCUUCCAAAGUUUUCUUUGUUUGAAAAUGCCGCCGGCCGGCUGUGUCUUCUUUUAUAUGGCACUUCCUGAUUCCGUCUGGUGGAACGCAACGUGCGCUCCACCUACGGCACCAACUUCCGGGACGCACCGCAAGUGGAACGCACGUGCGCCCCAACCCCGUGCGCACACCGGAACUUCAGCACCAACUUCCGGGUGGAGCGUCCGUGCGCUCCAACCCGGCGCCAACCUCCGCAAUGCACCACAAGUGGAACGCACGUGCGUUCCAACUUCAAGCAGCAAAUUUUUUAGGCAUCUUUUUAUACACUUAUAUACUAUUUUUGUGUUUCUUUUACUAUUGGGUAUUAUAUGUAUUUUAUUCAGUUUUUACUGUGCAUUUUUAUAAAUUUUCUAGAAAUGACAUUCUGCCCCUUUAAGAUUGUGAUAGCAAUCUUCUAAAACUAAUAGAAUUAGUUUUUAUUCCUUCUCAUUAAAUUUGAUUUUUACUCUUUUCCAUAUUAUCUGACUUUUUAUAUUUUUAUUUAAAACAUAGCACUUAUAAUUCUAUAUGUCACACUCUAUUGGUGUAAAUAUAGGCAGAACGCCAUUUUUUAUGUUUGCAUUUGGCCACCUGAUGUGAGGCUGGGAGUGGAGCGCACGUGCGUUCCACCUGAGUGUGACCCGGAAGCAGAGAGAGACCCGAAUUUGCUGCUUGAAGUUGGAACGCACGUGCGUUCCACUUGUGGUGCAUUGCGGAGGUUGGCGCCGGGUUGGAGCGCACGGACGCUCCACCCGGAAGUUGGUGCUGAAGUUCCGGUGUGCGCACGGGGUUGGGGCGCACGUGCGUUCCACUUGCGGUGCGUCCCGGAAGUUGGUGCCGUAGGUGGAGCGCACGUUGCGUUCCACCAGACGGAAUCAGGAAGUGCCAUAUAAAAGAAGACACAGCCGGCCGGCGGCAUUUUCAAACAAAGAAAACUUUGGAAGAAACAUUAGAGCCAACUGAGGAAGCCUGUUAAUCAGGCGAAACGCGUUUUGGACACUCAUUUUCAACUUUGAUAGACUUUUUAUUGGACUAUAUCUACACCCAAUAUAUAUUGGUUUAGUAUAUUGCCAUUUUAUUAUUUUAUCUACAAAUAAACAAGAAUUAUUUUCCAAGAUCCCUGGCAUACUGAGUAUCUUUAUUGAAGACCAUCAGGAGAAAUAACAAGCAAUCAACAAAAGAAGGGUUUGGACAUCCCCCUAAUGGUCCAAGAGAACAUACUUUAAGAGUCAUAUGACGGUAUGACUCCAUCCUUGUGAGUGCUUUUAUUCUCAUUUUUAUAUGCUAUAUAUUGUAUAGACAUACUACGCUAUUUGCAUAUAUUCUAUUUUCCAGAUUGUUCAAGGUACUCCACAGCUCCACCUAUAACUCUGUAUGUAUUACACACACACACAAGACUGCUGAAUACAGAGACUGAUGAAUACACAUACAGACAGACUGCUGAGUACACACACACACAGUAUGCUGAAUACAUACACACACAGUCCGCUGAAUACACACACUGCUGAGUACACACACACACAGACUGCUGAAUACAUACACACAUACUGCAUUGAGGGGUGCAGUAUAUAUGUUUGUGUGUGGGGUGCUGUGUGUGUGGGGGGUGCUGCGCGUGUGUGUGGGGGGUGCUGCGCGUGUGUGGGGGGGGUGCUGCGUGUGGGGUGCUGUGUGUGUGGGGUGCUGUGUGUGUGUGUGGGUGCUGUGUGUGUGGGGUGCUGUGUGUGUGUGUGGGGUGCUGUUUGUGUGUGGGGGGUGCUGCUGGCGUGCGUGUGGGGGUGCUGGGUGUGGGGUGCUGUGUGUGGGGUGCGUGUGUGUGUGUGGGGUUUCUGUGUGUGUGUGGGGGUGCUGUGUGUGUGUGGGGGUGCUGUGUGUGUGUGUGGGGGUGUGCAGUGUGUGUGUGUGUGGGGGUGUGCAGUGUGUGUGUGUGUGUGGGGGUGUGUGUGUGUGUGGGGUGCUGUGUGUGUGUGUGUGGGGGUGCUUGUGUGUGUGUGUGUGUGGGGGUGCUGUGUGUGGGGGUGCUGUGUGUGUGUGUGUGAGGUGCUGUGCUGUGUGUGUGGGUGAGUAGGGGUGCUGUGUGUGUGUGUGGGGGUUAGGUGCUGUGUGGGGGUGGGGUGCUGGGGUGUGGUGGUGGGGAGGGUGCUGGAUGUGGUGGUGAGGAGGUGUGCUGGGGUGUGGGAGGAAGGGGUGCUGGAUGUGGUGGGGGGAGGAAGGGGUGCUGGGUGUGGUGGUGAGGAGGGGUGCUGGGUGUGGGUGGGGGUACUGUGUGGUAUGUGUGGUGGUAGGGGUGCUUUGUGGGGGGUAGGGGUAAUGUGUAGGGGUGCUGUGUAGGGGGUAGGGGUACUGUGUGGGGGGAGAGGGUGUGGGGGGGUAAAAGUGUUUAGGAAAAAAAAAAGUAUGCUAAAUCAUUAUCCCUCCCUCCCUCCUUCUUACCUUUAAGGGAGGGGGCGGCACAGCCAUCGUGGGUGUCCGGUGGUGUUAAGUAUGUAGGGAGCAGCGGCAACGCUCCACACAGCUUGCUCGCGGGAGGACAUGGGGGGCUGCUUCACAGAUCCUUCCCCCUGCCUCCGGACACGGAAGCAGAGUAGGCACCUGCCGUUUUGGGCAGGCAGGUGUCUACUCUGCAUUGAUGGCGAACCUAUGGCCGCGUGCCCACAGAGAGGGCCCGGCGUGCCACAGGUUCGCCAUCACUGGUCUAGAUGAAUAUUCUUGUUCUUAGGUAGAACAUUGGCUUAAGGAUAGAGUACAACAAGUUGUCAUUAAUGGUAAAUUUUCAGGCUGGACAAAAGUGGUAAGUGGUGUCUCUCAGGGUUCUGUUUUGGGUCCGCUUCUAUUUAACAUAUUUUUAAAUGAUCUUGAAAUAGGCAUUGAAAGCUAUGUUUCAUUGUUUGCAGAUGACACAAAACUUGGUAAAGUAAUAAAAUGUGAGCAGGAUAUCGCUUUGCUGCAGAGGGAUUUGGAUAGAUAUAUGGGGGGUACUGUUUUACACGGGAGACUUUGCUGAACACAAAUAUUAGUGAUUCAAAACAGUAAAACAUAUCACAGCGAUGAUAUUGUCAGUGAAAGUGACUUUUUUUGCAUUUUUCACACACAAACAGCACUUUUACUGAUGAUAUAAUUGUUGUGAUACGUUUUCCAGUUUUUAAACACUAAUAUUUGUGUUCAGCGAUGUCUCCCGAGUAAAACAGUACCCCCCAUGUACAGGUUUUAUAGCAUUUUUGAAAGUUACAAGGUCAAAUAUAUGGGUCAAAUAUUUUUACAUUGAAAAUGGCCAGGUUGGUUACGUUGCCUUUGAGAGCGUAUGGUAGCCCAGGAAUGAGAAUUACCCCCAUGAUGGCAUACCAUUUGCAAAAGAAGACAACCCAAGGUAUUGCAAAUGGGGUAUGUCCAGUCUUUUUUAGUAACCACUUGGUCACAAACACUGGCCAAAAUUAGCGUUCAAUUUAGUUUUUUUACUUUUUUCACACACAAACAAAUAUGAAUGCUUACUUUGGCCAGUGUUUUCGACUAAGUGGCUACUAAAAAAGACUGGACAUACCCCAUAUUGAAUACCCUGGGUUGUCUACUUUAAAAAAAAUAUGUACAUGUGGGGUGUGAUUCAGAGAUUUAUGACAGAUAAUAGUGUUACAAUGUCACUAUUGAUAAAUUUUAAAAAUGUAUGUUUUGAAACCGCAAUAUCCUACUUGUACCUAUAACAUGCACAAAAAAGAAAAAAAGCACGUAAACACUGGGUAUUUUUAAACUCAGGACAAAAUGUUGAAUCUAUUUUGCAGUUUUUUUCAGUAAAAGUCAAAAAACAUGUAUUUUUUGCAAUUUUUCAUCAUAUUUUUAAAAAAAAUUUAAAAUUAAAUUACAUGAGAUUAUAUAAAUAAUGGUAUGUAAAGAAAGCCCCUUUUGACCUGAAAAAAAAACCAAUAUAUAGUUUGUAUAGGAACAGUAAAUGAGAGAGCGGAAAAUUACAGCUAAACACAAACACCAUAAAAAUAUGCCUGGUCGCGAAUGUACAACUUCGCAAAAACAGUCCAGUCCUUAAGGGGUUAAAGGAUCACUAUAGGGUCAGGAACACAAACAUGUAUUCCUGACCCUAUAGUGUUAAAACCACCAUCUAGCCCCCCUGGGCCCCUCAUGCCUCCCUAAAUAUUGCAAAAUAUUACUGUUUUCAAGCCUGAAGAUGUAACACUGCUUGUUUUUCUGAGGCAAACAGCAAGCAGUCUGCUGACAUCAGCAGAAGUGGUAGCCUUAUCCAAUCACAAUGCUUCCACAUUGGAUUGGCUGAGACUGACAAAGAGGCAGAUCAGGGGCAGAGCCAGCAUGAUUCAAACACAGCCCUGGUCAAUCAGCAUCUCCUCAUAGAGAUGAAUUGAAUCAAUGAAUCUCUGUGAGGAAAGUUCAGUGUCUGCAUGCAGAGGGUGGAGAUACUGAAUGUUUGGAUGCAUUUUAGGCAGGCAUGACCCAGGAGGGAUCUCUAACAGCCGUCUGAGGAGUGGCCAGUGAAGUUCUCACUAGGCUGUAAUGUAAACACUGCAUUUUCUCUGAAAAGACAGUGUUUACAGCAAAAAGCCUGAAGGUAAUGAUUCUACUCACAAGAACAAAUUCAAUAAGCUGUAGUUGUUCUGGUGACUAUAGUGUGCCUUUAAAGUAGAGAAAUGCAAAGUUUUAUGCACUUCGAGCUCAAGAAUGCACAAGCAACUUACACCCUAAAUGGUAAUGAAUUAGGGAUAACCACACACGAGAAGGAUUUGGGAAUUGUUAUAGACAACAAAUUAGGCAGCAAUAUGCAAUGUCAAUCUGCAGUUGAUAAAGCCAGUAAGGUUUUGUCAUGUAUAAAUAGGGGCAUAAAUUCUCAGGAUGAAAAUAUAAUUUUGCCUCUUUAUAAAUCGCUGGUAGGACCACACCUUGAAUAUGCUGUGCAAUUUUGGGCACCUGCACCUGUUCUAAAGAAGGAUAUCAUGGCACUAGAAAAAGUGCAGAGACGAGUUACAAAAUUGAUAAAAGGAAUGGAGCCAGGGGCGGCCUGGGAAGAAAAUUCGACCCGGGCAUUUCUUUAUUACAGCGACCCACAAUAAAGGGGGCAGGGCCAGAUAGGGUAUGUUUUGUCAUCACCAAUGACAAGCACGCCCCAUCACAAAGUAAAGCAUGUUUUUUCAAUGCUCUUCCAGGGCAGACCAUGCGCAGAGUUCUGCUGAAGAGCUCUAGCAUGAGAAAAAGACCCUGUAUUUGUUCUGCACAGCUCAAGCAAAUUUAAUAACCUGCUUGCACUGUGUUUGCUUGAAAUUUGUCUCUGGUGUCUCCAUAGAUGGGAUACCAGGAGACAAAAAUGCCAGGAAAGAGUAUUGUGCAGUGUAAGUGUGUGAGGGUAGUGUGUGUGUGUGCGCGCGCAAGAGGGGUGCAGUGUGCUGUGUGUGAGUGAUGGGUGCUGUGUUUGCGUGAGAGUGCUAUGUGUGUCGGGUGCUGUGAGUAAGGGUGUUGUGAGUGUCACGGGUGCUGUGUGUGUGUGAAAGAGGAGUGCGGUGUGGGCAAGGGUGCUGUGUGUGUGUGCUGUGUCUGAGUGAUGGGUGCUAUGAGUGUCAGGGGUGCAGCGUGUGUGCAUGAGGGUGCAGUGAGUGCCAGGAGUGCAGUGUGUGUGUGUGUGUGGGGGUGCUGUAAGUGUCAGGUGUGCAGUGUGUGUGGGGGGGUGCUGUGAGUGUCAGGGGUGGACUGUGUGUGAGGGUGCUGUGAGUGUCAAGGGUGCAGUGUGUGUGUGUGUGUGUGUAAGUGAGGGUGCUGUGUCAGGGGUGCAGUGUGUGUGUCUGUGUGUGAGGGUGCUGUGUCAGGGGUGCAGUGUGUGUGUGAGUAAGGGCGCUGUGAGUGAUUUUAUCCCCCCUCCCUUCUUACAUUCAGCCGGGGGGGGCGUGCUGCAUUUUCCCGGGGUGCCCCAUGGCCAGUCCGGACCUGAAUUGAGCAUUUUAGUUACGAAGAAAGGUUAAAAAAUUUAAAUCUUUUUUAGUUUGGAAAAACGGCACCUCAGAGGGGAUAUGAUAACAUUAUACAAAUAUAUUCUGGGCCAGUACAAACCAUUAUCUGGAAAUCUAUUCAUAAACAGGGCUAUACAUAGGACACAAUGUCACACAUUUAGGCUGGAAGAAAGAAGAUUUAAUCUAAGGCAAAGAAAAGGUUUUUUACGGUAAGUGCAAUAAGGAUAUGGAAUUCUCUGCCUGAAGAGGUGGUUUUGUCAGAGUCCAUACAGAUGUUUAAACUGCAAUUGGAUAAAUACUUGCAAAAACAUAACAUACAGGGAUAUAAUUUCUAAUUAGUGGGGUAAUAGCUGCUUGAUGCAAGGAGACAUCUAACUACUAUUUUGGGGUCAAGAAGGAAUUUUUUCAUAGUUUGUUGCAAAAUUGGAAGCGCUUCAGACUGGGUUUUUUGCCUUCUUUUGAAUCAACAGCAAAAACAAGGCUGAACUUGAUUGACGCAAGUUUUUUUCCAGCUAGGUAACUAUGUAACCUGUGUGUGUCCACCUAUGUCUGAGGUUAUCAAAUUAUUUUGCAAAGCCUAGGAAAGUUAGCCCCAAUACGUUCACCUUGUCCCAUACCAUUCUGAAUAUCAUUACACUCUUUCAAGAUGGCAUAGAAUGUUUGACAGACAAAUUUAAGUGGUCUUCUGGUAAUAUCUGCACAGUUGCAAAUGGGCACAUAUAUAUCCAAAGCUUUAGACAAUAAAGUUAUCAUUAUAGUUGUGUAGUUUGACACUAGGGUUUUCUCUCUACAUUUGUGAAUGAUUACAACGAAGUAUGGUGGGCAGUUACUGAUGCUGAAUUUUAGCAUAACAGCAUAGUUAGUAAAAGGUUGGGCCACAAUUAAGAUAUUGUUUUUUUUAGAUUCAGAUAUUGUUUUCAAGAUAUUGGGUUCUUGCUUGAAAAUAAAAUUGUUGUUAAUGUUGAGCUAUGAUCACGGACAAGCAACGGUUUAGGACAGUGGCAAACACCCAUUGCUCCCCUUCCUCAUGAUGCUUACAGUGCCUCAUUGUUCACAGAUCUGCAAUUAACUAGUUACUAUCAUGCUAAUGAAGGUCUCACUCAGGGGGCAUUCAGAUUAGUCUGACCAACAAGCAGUUGUUUAGCUGAUUUUUGAAGCAUUAAGGAUUACAUCUACUAAGUGAUCAAGUGAUGAUGUAAUGGGCUUUAUUUUCUCAAAAAGAAGACCAGGGAAUUGUCACUAAAUAUAGUUGGUAAUAUACCCAAUAUCUGAAUUCUAUGUAGGCAAAGCCAAAUGGUCUCAUCCAGGAGCGUAUGGUUUGAAUUAAUAUGCACGUGUGAGGAGAUUAGUGGUGUUAAAUUCAAUGCCUGAAACAAUGAACAGUUUGCCAAUUUUUUCCUCAUUUAAAGUUCCAAAAGCCGUGCUUUCUUCCUAUAUUGGGAAGCAAUUUUUCUGAGCCUGUGAACAAUGUCACAUUUAAGUGAUUGUGUUGGGAAGUUAUUUAUUAAAAACUUCUGGGGCAAAGAUCUAAAAAUAUGGAGCAGUCACCAUGGAAACAGUGGACUGUUCCUGCUGAUUAGUCAACAUUUACAACUUUUCCCCAGAAUUGAGCUUUCUAAAUAACCUCCCACUCUGUAUACCUUGUAGAUGAAGGGGAUGCUGUCACUGGGAUGAGAUGUCUGUGUCACAGCUGCUGACACUUUGAUGUGUUAAUGGGGAUUGUUUGAUAAUAAAAGAUGGAAAACCUGAAUAUUUAUGAAGUUACAGUUUCCGGCUCUCAUUAAUCUGUUUUUCAUCAUCAGAACAUUAACCAAAUCACUCCCAGUGUAUUCCAUUAUGCACGGACCUUACCACAGCACACAGUGACAUGCUGCUCAUCUUUGUUAUCAUCUGUUAAUUAGCAAGCAUCAACAAACUACUCAAUUUAAACAAAUGGAAAUCAGGGCUCAGUUCUCUAGAGCUUCCAAUCUAAUGGACAUUGUAAGAGCUUUGAUACAAAAGUGUAUUGUCAGAUAUGUGUACAGUAAAAAUUGACAAAUUUAGGUCCAGAAACGUACAACUUAGAAGAUCAAUCCAACUAGAAGAAAAGAUCCAGUACUACUUGUUACUUUCCAGUAAAUAUUUGUAUGUGCACCAUGGGUGGCAGCAGUCACCAUUUGUAUUAUUAAAGAAAUAUUUUAAGCUAGCAGUGAAGUGGGAUGAUGUUUUCUGUUUAAGGACUCUUCUCUGUGAACCUCAGCUGGAGAAUAGUCCCGAGCUACUGACCAUAUACUAUGUAAAUAUCAGACAAUAUUCAUAGAGAAAGACCCUGUCUGGAUAUCUAGUCUCUCUAUUCAGUCACAUCCUGUGCUCUCGAUAUUAUGUGGUGAUGUUAGAAACAUACAGGAUGCGCUUUGGAGACCUCAAGUAACUAACUAAUUAAAGUUUUAUGCAGAUUGCAUCAUUAUUGAAAGAGAAUGAGAGGAUCCAAUCAACACCAAGCUCGGCUGCAACAGAUGAUACAGACCUUAAGAAGAUAAAGAAGGUAAUCCAAUGCACACAUCUCAUGCUGACCUUUCAACAACUCCCACCAGCCCUGUCUUUUUCACUUUAGAUAACACUAUGUGUAUGUGACAGGAAUUGAGAAUGGUGUAUUUUUUUACACAGUAAUAAUCUAUGUUAACAAAGUAAUUUAUUUUCAAAGUGUUUUAUCAGGUAGACAACAUUGCGUUUUCUUUUAUUUAUAAAAUAUUUACAAUUGGAUAUCUUAAAGGCACACUGUAGACACUGUAACCAUUUCAUCUCAUUUUUGAGCAGUUUAACUAAAUAAGGGUCCCUGGCCUCCCACAGCCCAGCACCCAUUGAGGUAUGGUUAAGGCAUAGAUUGCGCACUUCCUGCUGUUCAUACCAAUUCAUACCAGUAAUGGCUGUGGUGAUAAGCUGAAAUCAGUCAGCUGAUACCCUCAGCCAGUCACAGCCUACUAUUGCAGCUCACGCUAAUGCUUCCUCAUUACCCAAAGAAGGAGAGAAGGGGUUGACUGCGGGGGACUCUUGUUUAGCAUUAAAACAUUAAAAAUGGAAUAAUGGCAUCAGGAGAGGAAUAAUGGCAUCAGGAGACUUCAGACACUAGAACUACUUCGGUGAGAUAAAGCAUUUACAGUGCCUUCAGUGUCCCUAGUAGUAGUUAUGAACCAGGCAAGAAUGGUAAAGAGUAUGUCUGUCUGGAUUUGGACAAUAAUAACUUUUGUUCUUUUAAGGUAUAAAAAUUGAAAAUGACAUCAGAGCAACAAAAUUAAUGAUGUGUUUUUAUUACUGAGAUGUUUUGUGCUGCAUAUCCUCAAUUGAAAGUCAUAUUCAAUGAUCGCAUUAUAUACUGUAUUUCUCAUAUAGACCUUUUCUCUGCUAAAUGAUACAGCCAUAAUUUCUUAUAAACAGAGCCCUAAUCGUGGUGUUAUUGCUUUGAAGAGAGAUGUAAUUAAGAGGUUUCCAAUCUAAUACUAGGUUAAACGUUAGCUGGGGCAAAAUUCGAAUGGGACUUUGCUAUUUGUUUCCUGCACAAUUUGGUAAUUGUAAAACAUGUAAUUUAUGUUUUACAGAAAAGACUGAGAAUAUUAUGUUAAUAUUUAGGAUUAGUCUUUCAUCUUUUAUAAAAUCCAGGUCAGAUUUAGCUUCAGUAUGUGAUAUAUCUAUUUUCCUAGUCCAGAGGUGACAGUCAGACAGUCACGCACAUUCGGUUACAGGCAGACAGUCACACAUGCAAGGUUACAGGCAUACAGUCACAGAGACAAACACACUGUUACAGGCAGUCACACAUGCAAAGUUACAGGCAUACAGUCACAGAGACAAACACACAUGCAAAGUUACAGGCAUACAGUCACAGAGACAAACAUACAGUUACGGGCAGACAGUCACACACGCAAAGUUACAGGCAGACAGUCACACAUGCAAAGUUACAGGCACACAGUUACAGGCAGACAGUCACACACGCAAAGUUACAGUCACACACACUCGGUUAUAGGCAGACAGUCACACAUGCAAAGUUACAGGCAUACAGUCACAGAGACAAACACACAGUUACAGGCAGCCAGUCACACACGCUCAGUUACAGGCAGACAGUCACACAUGCAAAGUUACAGGCAGCCAGUCACACACGCUCAGUUACAGGCAGGCAGUCACACACACACAGUCACAGGCAGAUAGGCACACACACUCACUCAGUUAAAGGCAGACAGUCGCACACACAAAGGCACAGCUACAGCCAAACACAGUUACAGUCACACAGUUGCAGUCUCAGAUACAGGCACAGUUACAGCCACACAGGCAGACUGUCACAUACACACACAGGCAGACUGUCACACUCACACACCCACCCAUUAUGGCUGGAAGGGAGGAGUGGAUGUAUGCAGCUCCUGUAGCCUAGUUGUUGGGUAAGCAGGAACUCUUUGCUGUGCAGCAGCAGCUUUUAGCUCUGCCUCCCCAGCUAUUUAAUUCUGCCUUUACUACUCGCAAGCUCCGCCCUGAUGAUAUGUAAGCCCCACCCCUGCUGACAUCCUAUUUUCUUUCGUAGUCCCAGUGGAGAAUAAUUAAUCCUCCACCCGGGUACCUGAAUUAGCUCCCCCUGCACUCCUGUCACCCGGCCAUGUGUGAGCUGUGUCGGCCACAUGUCGCCCCCUGAUCCAUGGCACCCUGUGCAGCCGCACAGCUCAUAGAAACAUAGAUAGAAACAUAGAAUGUGACGGCAGAUAAGAACCAUUCGGCCCAUCUAGUCUGCCCAGCUCGAACACCCCUAAGGAUGGCCCUGGCCACAAAGUGGGAAAUACUUGCCCAACUGCCCAGGCCGACUACAUAUGGUGCAUACCUCUGCUGUGACUGCACUCUCUCAUCCAUUUUUGUCAAUGGUAUAUGACAAUUAAAUCAUGCCAGCAGGCCCCCUCCUACAGCAUAACUCACUCUGUCAAACCCUUAUGUCAAAUGAUACAUAAAAUAAUGAAUAAGAUUCUCAUAUUCUAUGUUUGCUUUUAUUUGAGUGCAUUUGCUUAGUGUCUUCCUAAACUAAAAUGGUGAUCUAGAGAGAUAUCAACUACACUUCAAUGACAAGUCCAAAAAAGCACAUAAAUUAUCAUCUGAGGUUACUGUAUAUCUUGUGCCCUUGUGGGCAGGUUCAGUCUGAUAUGCGGUUUGUGUAGGGUUUCUCUGUAAUGGCACAAGUAAGCAAAAACGUGUUUGAUACCUGAACAGGGACUAACCAAAAGUCAGGCUACUGAGGUUUUGCUAAUUCUUAGUGUUCUCAUAACUGACUGUUUUGGCUUCAACACACACAACAACACAAAACACCAGACCCACUCCUACAGCAUACCUCCAUUUCUACUGCUACAUACAAACUCUGUCUCUCUAAACAUUUGAUUAAAGUUGACCUUAUAAGUUUGAAUAAUGUAAGGUGCUGGAGGAAGUGAUUACUUCUUCUGAAGAUAGGACCAAUAACUGAGCAGCAGCCUGGUUGGCUUGAUUUCAAUUUGAUGAUAUCAAAACAAGGAUAUCUCUAUUUUAACAUUAUCUUAUGCAAUAAUGUGCCCCAUGUCUUCCCCACCAGCUUAAUAUCUUUUCUUUUUGAUUGCUUCUGUCACUCUCCCCCUAUGAUGCAACCCUGAUAUUCAUUGCAUACCUCACAAGAUCUGUUAUCAGCUGAUCAUGUGUAUUUUCUUACGUGUUGAAACCUUGUCAUUUACAUAUUAAAUGCCAUAAAGUUACUGGGCAUAAAUGGACAGUAUUCCCCAUUGUUGUAUCCUUAAAAAGAAAAAUACUCACAUUUUGAUGAUAAAGAAAAAUGUACUUUAAGGCACCCUUAAUGAUAUAGCUGAUACCUGAAGAUGGUGUACUUCAUUACUUUUAGCUUUUCAUAGUAGCGCAAGGUCAUUACAGAGCUGAAGGAACAUCAGAUGUAAAUAUUCAAUUGCAAGGUAUAGGCGGAGUAUAAAUUUUACCCUUUAAAACUGUUAAUUGACAAUAUGGUGAAAAGGCAAUUGAGGGGUACAUUUUAUUAAAUUAUAUAGAUGUGUUGUCAGUCAUUGUCUGAUCAUUCAUGUCUUUCAUCAGGUGCAAAGUUUCUUGCGUGGCUGGUUGUGUCGAAGGAAGUGGAAAAGCAUAAUCCAGGAUUAUUCAAGGUCUCCCCAUGCAGACAGCAUGCGCAAGAGGAACCAGGUUGUGUUUAGUAUGCUAGAAGCUGAGGCGGAGUAUGUUCAGCAGCUGCAUAUACUGGUCAACAAUUUCCUGCGACCACUGCGCAUGGCAGCUAGUUCUAAGAAACCACCAAUCACACACGACGACGUCAGCAGCAUUUUCCUUAACAGGUAACUGCUGAAAAUUGGCUAAUGCUAACUUGGGUUAGAAGAACACAGCCUGUAUGUUUAUUAAUGAACUCUGUAAAUCUGUAUCUAUGUAUAUGUGGCAAAGGAAAACAAGAAGCACUGGACCAAUGGCAUUUUUAAGACAUUGCCCUUGUAAUGUUUGGCAUUUUUUCUUUUACAGUGAAACCAUCAUGUUUUUGCACCAGAUCUUUUACCAAGGGCUGAAAGCACGAAUCUCCAGCUGGCCCACCCUGGUGUUGUGUGAGAAUAAUUUUUUUUCUCCCAGUCACCAUGUCCCUACAUAUUCAUUGUAUCAAUAUCUUGCCAUUCUCUGCACCAUUCUCUGUGCUUCUUUUAAGUGUUAAUGUCUCUAUGUUCCUUAGCCGUGUCCUGUUGGUAAUCUUUGACAUAGUGAUCUCUUUCUGUUUCUGUCACACACUCUCCCAGUCAUGAUGUUACAAUGCUUUUGUUAUCUCUUUCCUCAGCUGACCUCUUCGACAUCCUUCUGCCAAUGCUGAACAUCUAUCAGGAGUUUGUAAGGAACCACCAGUACAGUCUUCAGAUCCUGGCUCAUUGUAAACAGAACCGAGACUUUGACAAACUACUAAAGCAUUAUGAAGCCAAGCCAGAUUGUGAGGAGCGCACUCUGGAGACCUUCCUCACCUAUCCAAUGUUUCAGGUAUCUCUCACCUAGGAAAGAUAUUAAACCAAUCCAGCAGUAAAAGGAGAAGUGUACAUUUGUAAUUUGUGAUAUUAAUCAAAUAGAAAGAAUCUCAGCCUUGCUUAGAAGAAGAGAACAAUAAUAUGUAAUCAAAAUAUGGGAGCACAUUGUCAAAACACACUGUCUUUUUGUUGCUAGAUCCCAAGAUACAUCCUCACUCUGCACGAACUGCUUGCUCAUACACCUCACGAGCAUGUGGAAAGAAAUAGUCUGGAAUAUGCCAAAUCCAAACUGGAGGAGCUGUCAAGGUGAGAAUACAGAUAUAGCUGAAAAUGAAGUAUAUGCCCAAUCAUUUAAUCUGUACUCUGUACAUCUGUGGAAGAGAGGCUGCUAAACAUGAGUUGCAAGGUUACAAGACAGGAGCUAACAUGUUUAACAUGGAAACGUAAAAAUCCUAUUGUUGGCUUUUUAACACCCAUUUGUAACCCAUUGAACGUCAAAGGGAAUGAGCAAAUGGAAGCCAAAACAGAAAUACCACAGUCAAGACUACUUAAAACAUUUUAUAUUGCUUUUUUAAUGCUGGAGUGUGUUUUGAAAGAUCGUUUGUGUAAAUCAGUAGACAAGGAUAUUUCAUUCAAUUGUUUCUAUCUCUCUCCCCUCUAGAAUAAUGCAUGAUGAAGUCAGCGAAACAGAAAAUAUUCGUAAAAAUCUGGCCAUUGAGAGGAUGAUUGUCGAAGGCUGUGAGAUUUUACUAGAUACAAGUCAGACCUUUGUGCGGCAAGGUAAAGUAUUUAGCAUUCAUUUAUCAUAAAGUAGCUAAGCAUAAGACCAGGUAGUUGAGAGAGGCCGGCCAAAAUGUUUGCUGGAGCACACAGUAGACCCACAGUGCAUCAUUUAAAGGACCACUCUAGGCACCCUGACUACUUCAGCUUAAUGAAGUGGUCUGGGUGCCAGGUCCAGCUAGGGUUAACCCAUUUUUUAAUAAACAUAGCAGUUUCAGAGAAACUGCUAUGUUUAUUAAUGGGUUAAGCCUUCCCCCUAAUCCUCUAGUGGCUGUCUCAUUGACAGCCACUAGAGGCGCUUGAGUGCUUCUCACUGUGAUUUUCACAGUGAGAGCACGCCAGCGUCCAUAGGAAAGCAUUAUGAAUGCUUUCCUAUGUGACCGGCUGAAUGCGCGCGCAGCUCUUGCCGCGCGUACGCAUUCAGCCAACGGGGCGGAACGGAGUAGGAGAGAAGGAGGAGAGCUCUCCGCCCAGCGCUGGAAAAAGGUAAGUUUAAACCCCUUUCCCCCUUCCAGAGCCAGACGGGAGGGGGUCUCUGAGGGUGGGGGCACCCUCAGGGCACUAUAGUGCCAGGAAAACGAGUAUGUUUUCCUGGCACUAUAGUGGUCCUUUAAGGACCUUUGCAAUAAAACACCUAGGAAAUUCAAGAAAUCUCAAACCCCUAUAUGUUAUCUCUGAUCCGAUCUAUAGGACAUAUUGCAUCAUGACGAUAUGCUUAUCUUUAAAAGGACACACCACUGCCCAAAUAAUAAAUAUAUAUAUAUGAAUCAGAAAUAGUCAGCUCGAAUUUUGCUUCACUGACCUAAACAAACCAGGAAGUAAGAGAAGCUGUUACACAGACAGGGUGUAACCAGGUUAAUGUAUAAAAGUACCAAUUUAUAUGCUUUUUUUCUGUGCUUUUUGUUAAAUGGAAAAAAAAACACACACUCUUCACACACAAACACUUCAGCUUUAGUGCUCAGGAGUGUCCCUUUAAUUUGGUUAAGGUUUUGAAGAGAGGUGUAGGGAGAGUUACAGAUCCAGUCAUUGAUUAUUUAACCCCUUAAGGACCAAACUUCUGGAAUAAAAGGGAAUCAUGACAUGUCACACAUGUCAUGUGUCGUUAAGGGGUUAAAGGACACAGUGCAGAGUGUCAAAGAGCCUAAUGUGUGCUUUAGGGGUCAGGAGUGUCCCUUUAAUGUGGUUAAAGUUUUGAAGAGAAGUGUAGGGAGAGUUACAGAUCCAGAGUGUCAAAGAGCCUAAUGUGUUGACCUGAUGGAGAGAGAAGUGAUAGUCUUAGGCAUACUAAAUAGCUUUGAAUACAUUUCUACCUUUGUUGUUCCUUCUCAUUUUUUCAGCAUGUCUCCACAUCCCACACACACCAUUUCCCAUCCCACACAUUUCUUCACCCUUCCACAAACUACUGAACUCCCACAUCCUUUCUCCUUCAUACACUCUUUGUUUAAAGAGAGACACAUACAAGGAGUGGGAGAGGGAAAGAGACAGAAAGAGACAAAACUACACAGACUGCCCUUGUUUACUGAUGUCCAAUCCCCCCCAACUACUAGAGUGUUCCAAAACUCUAUGCCUUGACCUACCCACCACCCCAAACACACACACACCUUCCCAUUUCCUAGAACAGGUAAUUUCUACUAAACUCGGAACAAUACUCACCAAGUUUAAGACCGAACCCUAUAUUGCCGCCAUAUAAUAAUAUACCUACCAUGUUUCACUUUGUAUCACUACCUGCUUUAUUUAUAUAUAUAUAUAUAUAUGUAUAUAUAUAUAUAUAUAUUAUACAGUAUGUGUCUCUUGUUUCUAAUGUGCUAUGAACUGUAUUUCCAAUACUGAACUAACUUUUGGAGUUGAAUGCAGUUUUCUGACGCACAAUAAACAUAGAAUAAUUACAAAAAAAGAGAGAUUUGAAUAUCGGCAUUCCUCACACUUAAAACAGGUGAGUUUUUUGAAAAGGCAAUACAAUUUGAAACAAUGUAAGACCAUGAACAUUUUUCAAAAGUUGGGUUAUAUAUAUAUAUGGAGUUAGGUUUCCGACCAAGGUUCUGAAACUCUACCUGCUUGUAAAAAUGAUAACACAGAUAAGAUUUCAUUAAAGCGUCUAUCUAAGCACCAACACCACUUUAAUUCAAUUAAAGUGGUUUGGGUGCGGAAAUCAUGCUCCAUCAAAGAUGGUGGAUCGGCUUAACUUUAAACUAUAUUGUUCAAUUGCAUUAAAAUUAUUAUUUUGUAACUAGACCUUUACUUUAAUUGCAUUGACUUGUCUUAGAUAUGUUGUACCGUAUCCAACUGAGAAUUACAAUCCUUACGACUACUUGGUGUGCUUCUCUGCUUACUAUACCAAAUCAACAGUCAGUCAAGCUUGUUAACGAAUAUAUAUGCACACUAAAGAUAUGAACUAUCCUCCAUUGUCACCAAAUUAAAACCUAUGUAUAGAUAGACCAAUUACUAGCCGAAAGAUUAUUAUUAUUUCUAAUGUGCCAACAUAUUUUGCAGCAUUGCACAACAACUGAACUUACUGAUUCUAUGCAAUCAUACAAAGCAGCAGGUCCAGAUGGAUAUCCUGCUGAAUGAUAUAAGCAAUUUAGGAAUCUGCUUGGAGUACACAUGCUGGAAAUGUUUAAUUAUGUUUAAAAGAUUCAUCUUUGCCAGAUCUUAUGUUUGCCAGCUGACAUAAGCUUGGGAAGGUUCUGUCAUUAUGUGGUUCUUACAGGCAAUCUCCUAAUUAUGUGCUGAAGUGAGAAAUUUUGGCAAAAAAUAUCUUCAAAAAUUAACAAAAUAAGGUUGUUGUUUUUUAAGAUUACUUUUACUGAAAUUCGCUUUUAGACCAGAACUCAAUACAUUCAAAUAAUGUUUCACAAUAUUAAAACCACAAUUCAACCAGAAGAACUACUGGUGGACCUGUUUGUGUUGAAUCAAGCAUCCUUCCUUUUCUCUGUGUUCCUUUAACCGUGGAACCCAUGGCAUAGAAAGUUUGUGAUGUCUUCAAACAAAUGCAUUACAGACAGGAUUGUCACAGUACCUCUGUCUUGGCUGUCUGCUGGGAGUGUUGUUAGUUUAUCAAACUCAAGUCUCCUCUGUCCUCCCCGAUGCCAGCAGCACUCUUUUUUUUACAAUUAAUUGAUGGAUUGACAUGGUGAUCCAUGUACCUUCAGUGUGCAUUCGCACCCACACCCAUUUGGAAAUACACCAUGUGAUAAUUUUACCUCUUUACUGAAAUCUCCUUUUCAGAAUCAUCAGUGCACAAUUUUCUCAGGUUUUUAUGUAUGUUGUUCCUUAUAUUCUCUAUACUCUUUGAAUUACCUGACUUGUUUGUAGUCCCUGAUCUGGUUAGUAUUAUCACUGGUUUGUACCCCUGCACCCUAGACCUUGGUUCUCUACUGACUACAAAUCUGUACCUUUGCCUUCUCUGAGCUCAUUUUGCAAUGCGUCCAGUUCACUUUAACCCAUGUAAGUUGUCAUACUGUACUGAUAUGUUUUGACUACUUACUGUUAAAUGACACCAGAGCAAUGCUACUGUUAUAACCAGCAUAGCGUCCUGCAGGGGUAGAGUGUGUCUUUAAUGAUUCCAUAAAGAUUGUUGGAAUCUUUGUUGGAAUGAUUUUGAUUGUUUAAACUUUUACAGAACCAAUAAUGGUAAAAGUAUUCACAAAAAGUGGGUGCGAGGAGGUCAGACAGCCAUUUCAGAUGGACACAACUUCCAUGAGCUCCAUCAUACACAAAACGACUUGGCAUUUCAAAAUGUUUUUGAAAAAAAUCUUGAAUUCCUGCUGGCGUUUAAACACGCAACAACAAAUCUUUCCAAAUCGACUUUCUCUAUGAAAAUUUUCAUCAGUUCUCAAUUCUUUAAUUUGCGUGGCCUAGUUGGCAGUACUGCCUUGCGACACAUCCAAUCUCCUUGAGGGUAAAAAAAAAAACACUUCACUUUAAUUCUGUAAUUAUAUGUUGCCUCUGUUUGUAUUGCAAAUAUUGAAAAAAGGGGCAUCCAAAAGCCUUUGUCUAAGACUCUAAGUCAUUGAUAUUGGCUGAAGUUACAUGUUUUUGACAUAUCAAUGUAAUGGUAACAUAGAAAAACUGCUGUAUAUUUUAAGCUGAUUAAACUUUUUUUUUCUUUUUUUCCUAUUUUCUCAGGAUGUUUAAUACAGGUCCCUAUGUCUGAGAAGAGCAGGGUGACGAGGGGACGUCUUGGAUCUCUAUCUUUAAAGAAGGAAGGAGAGCGCCAGUGUUUCCUAUUCUCCAAACACCUUCUGAUCUGUACACGCAGUUCUGGAGGAAAAUUGCAUCUCACCAAGGUAAGUCUCCUAAAGUAGGAUCGAAUUAGAUGAAAUCUCCCUGCAUGCAUGUGGCAUUUUUUACCCCGUCUCAUGCUUAGGUUUGAUAUGGGAAGACAGACAGGAUGGAGCAGGGAAAGGACUUAUAUACGACAAAUGUUUUCUUUCCUGCUUACUCUGGCACACAUGUAAUAUAAUGAUAACUGUUAUCCCAUACCUUCUGCCUGUAAUACAGCAUGUUCAAAAUGGAGCAGGGAAAGGAGAUCUGUGCUAUUGCAACAGGCUACUAUUUAAUAAGGAUGAUGUCAUGGGGUGCAGGUCACCGAGGGCCCAAUCAGACUCCAAAUGCAUUUUUACUUAAUUGGUCAAGUUGACACGUUCUUAGAACUUUUAAAACCCAAUAUAAUUCACACAUUCUUUGCUGGUUUCCAUAGUGGCCUAUUUGCAUUGACUUUUAAAAUAUUUUCCGAUUGAUUUACUGAUGUGCAAGCAAAGUAGUGUCAGCUAAAAUAUUACAUGCAUAUAUUUCUUCUAUGAUCCAUCCAAUUUGCUAAUGAGACUUGUAAUUAAAAAAACUUACCUAACUUGACAGGUCAGGGUAAAUAAUGUCUCACCAAAAUGCCCUCAAUGGCCAAAUGAAAUACAUGUGUUAAUUUUUUGUGAAUUCCAUAGUUUUCAAACAAAUGGAAAUCCACCCAUACAUUAAAAUAUUGCAUGUACUACAGCCUAAAUAUUUAUUUCCAUGUGUAUUUUUGAUAAGUCAGCUCUACUGAUGCUCAGCCAUCAUUACAACUAGAAGGGAAGUCAAUAUUAUGCAAACACAAGGGAUCUUCGUAAGGAAUCUAUAAAUAUAGUCAUAAAUGAAAAUUGUAUGUAGGUUUAAAGGGACACUCAAAUUGAAGAAAAAAAUAUAUCACCAUUGCUGCCUAAAUUUUGCUCUUCAGGUCUCAGUUUGUUAAAAAUUAUGUUUAAUGUAUAAAACCACCUUUUUUGUUUGGGAUAGUUUUGUGUGCUUUGCAGUAACAAAGAAAUGUGCUGCAAUGUAACUUUCUUGAAACAUUUUUACGGGGUGAAUUAUGCGAUCUGGAACAGGCCUACAUGAUUUUUCACUAGUUUGCAUGUGAUUUAGUGCAUGUGCUGAUUUCUGUGCUUGCCUAGAGCAGUAUCAACAUUCACUGCCAGCCAGUUAUUAGAGGUUCUUGGCAAAGGAUAGUGAGGUGAGAAAAUUAGUACAAUAGAUUUUGUAUAAAACCGUCACUCAUUUGAAACUGCCGUAAGUGACUGUCAUGACUGGGGCAGCCAAAUCUAUAACAUUUUAUUAAAUACAAAAACAGAUCAUUCUAGAACAUGUUAGUAACCUCCUGUAUGAGAAUCCUUAUCUGUGAAAUUUUCUCUUUAAGGUUUUAUCUUAGAGAUUUUAAAAUCUGUUUCAUAAGGUUUUAUGUUUUAUAUUAACAUUGCAUAGAAAUUGAGAUGAUUACGAAGCCCUUUUUAGCUAUUGUUUGAAUUCACAAGCACCUGGAAUGUCGUGUAAAUUGAUUGUCGUGAUUAUUGUUAAGGUAGGAAUUAGCUUAUCAGCCUCGUAAUUAAUGAGUUCUCAACGUCAGGUUCCUUACAGGAUCAGCCUUAUGGUGUUCACAAAAUGCUUCAAAAUCCCUAUUCCUGAUGGAUAUUUAUGUGAUGCCUUGCCAGUUUGCUUGUUUAAUUUGCUUCUAGAUUGUUAGAGCACUGAUUGUUGGCUGUGGAUGAUGAACAUUUGUAAUUGGUGGGUCAUUCUAUUCACUGGAUGCCACUGGCUGCUGUUGGCCAACAAUAGCCAGAUGCAUUUCUCUCGUUAGUGGUUACCUGUGAUUGCUGAAUUGUAUUGCAAUUACUAUUAAAUUUAGGUCUGAUUGUGAACAUAUCUCAGUUUGUUGCAUGGUUCCCAUUGAUGAUGGCCUGUUUUCAGGAUGUCUGUUUUAGUAAUUGCAUUUUCUGAUAGUACUCCCUGGUUGUUGGAUUAGUCUGAUUAGAAGGCUGCCUUGUGCUGACAUGCAUUAUGUUUUUGUUUUCACCAUAAUAAAAUUAUGUGUUUUAAGUUAUUAUUAUGUAAAUGCAUGGAUUAUUUAAAAUCGAUUGUUACACUUUAGUAUGUUAACGGACUACCCGUGUUGUAUAAUGUGAUUCGUGGCUAGAUUAAGCCACUAGUCAAGUUACUUAUAGCGAAGAGUAAACAAAAAGAACUAAAGCCCAGGAAGCUACUUAAUAUUCUGAUUUGGUCUGAGAUGGCCUUCUGGAAGAAGAAUGGCUAAAUAGUACCUACAUUUGCACCACGACAAUUGUAACAAAUUAGAAAAAAAAUCAACAUAAUACAUACAACUUAAAUUAGAUGAAGCCCUACUUCACAUGACUUUGUACACUGGUAUACUGUUAAAUUCGAUAUCUGAAUGCUAGAUGUAUUUAUGUAAUUAUUAAAUUUAUUACACAUUGGCAGAAAUCGCCUAUUUCUGUAUGUUGUUUUCUGAAACGGCAUUUUUUCCCCCCCCCCCUUCCAUUGUAGAAUGGAGUAAUAUCGCUCAUUGAUUGCACAUUAUUGGAGGAUCAAGAUGAUGAUGACAGUUAGUAUACACCCUUGAAAAUCUAAUAAUCUUCAUUUUUACUAAAAGCAUCCAUAAUUUUCCCAACCACCCAAUCCCUUUGUCAUGCUACUACCCAUGCCAGUAGAUACCUCCAUAAACAAAAUCCAUUUCAUCCUUCUACUUUGAAUCCGUUUCAGUUCCUUCCAGUCACGUUUUGUAUUUCUUUGUUUUUUGACACCUACUUUCCCUUUACAGCUAGACCCCUGACACAGGAUGGUGAUCACCUAGACUUUAAGAUCUCUGUGGAACCUAAAGACUCUCCGCCCUUUGUUGUCAUACUCCUGGCCUCAUCCAGGCAGGAAAAGGCAGCCUGGACAAGCGACAUCAGCCAGGUCACCAUAGUGAAAUCAUGUUCCCAUCAUCCCAACACCAUUAAUAACACUACGGCACAACUGUGUGUAGUUGAUAUUUUAGACACAUUAUCAUUAUACACAUAAUCUGCUUUCUCUUUUGUUUUGUAUACUGGACGUAUACCGAUCAUGUAUUUCCCGUUCUCCACUUUUCACGUUGGCUCUCUUUGUUUACAGAUUUUUGCUUUAUACUCUCUUUAGUCUAAAUAUUGCCCUGCAUUCUGUGUUUUUCCUUACCUGCCUUCCCAAUAGAGGCACUCCGUUACAGGUUUCCUCUAUACGUCCAGCUCUGUAUGGCAUUCUUCAAGGGGGUUUACUAUCAAUCCAUAUUCUAAUUCACAUUUAACAUGUGUACAUACUAAGAUUUCCUGUCAAAUUAGAUUUCAUUUUAAACUAAAUGGACACUGAAGUACUUUAUGGCCCUAUUAGAGUUACUCCUACUAGUACUUCCACUUGUAGAUACUGUGCCCUACUCUACUUACUCUGAAUGUCCAUUCCUAUUUGUACGACGCUGUGUUUAAGGAAUUGACAGUUCCUCUUCGCUAUAUAUUAUGCUUUAAGUAGCAUAAUGUCAGUCUUGAAGACUGGGUUAAAGAGCCCUGAUGAAUAAUCAUUUCUUAUUCUUUUGUGCUAUCAUUCCAUGUAACAUAGUUCUGUCUUCUGUUCUCUCGUCCAAGUUCAUUUUCAACUUUCAACCUGUUUAUGAGCCAAGUACUCAAUUUAGUAUUGUUGGAUAAGCAUUCAAAAAAUAAAAUAUUAUGCAACAAUAUUUAAAUAUUUGCAAUGUUUUGAUGUUUUUCAUAUAUGUUUUGCAUAGAUGAUAUAAAAUGGUUUAAAAGGUUAUCCAAAAAUAUGAAAUUGUUUGAGAAGCUGAUCCAACAAUAGUAAAUCAAGGCUAAGACUGUAGGUUCUAAAAUAGGUGGAACACUAAUUUGUGUCCGUGAGUGCUUUCUAACCGUGAGUACGCUUUCCUCCAGUGUGUGGAUAACAUUCGGUGCAAUGGGCUUAUGAUGAACGCGUUUGAGGAGAACUCCAAAGUUUCCGUACCACAGAUGAUCAAGUAAGUUGGGCAGAAAUUUUGAUUGCAAAUUACACCAUACAUUUUGAGUAUUUUUUUUUUAAGUGAGCUGUCAAAUAUGAAUCACCACCACCACUACUUUCACGCAGCCAUUUGUCUCUGCUGUUUAUUUUUUUUUCAUUAUCUGUGCAGCCAUCAGGGUUUGAAUAAAUCACCUGAGAACCACAGGUGUAAAGCACUCGUAAUAUGCACAUUUAUUGCAUUGUAAAUGUGUUUUCAUGAAUUCCGAUGCAAUGCAUUGCUUUAAUGCAGACUGAUCACAUAAUUUGGAAGUCUGUAACAUACUGCAUGAUUCCACAGGUCUGACAGCACUCUGUACUGCGACGAUGUAGAUAUUCGCUUCAGUAAGACGCUGAAUUCAUGCAAGGUUCUCCAGAUUCGUUAUGCAAGUGUCGAGAGGUUAUUGGAACGUCUCACAGAUCUGCGUUUUCUGAGCAUCGACUUCUUGAACACGUUCUUGCACUCGUACAGAGUUUUCACCUGUGCAGAUGUCGUUCUUGAUAAGCUUAUAGCUAUUUACAGAAAACCAGUCAGUGCCAUCCCAGCCAGGUGAGGAAUAUUCUAUUAAUCUGAGCUUUAAUCUGUCCAACUUUUAAUCAGAGCACUCUCUUAAAUGGAGGACAGCUAUCUGUCAAGCAUCAACCUCUCACACUGAGCUCUCAUUUCUUCUUCUGUGGACAUUCAUCUGUACACUGUCUUUUCUUUCAUGGAUAUUCCAUCUGUAAGCUGUCUCUACCUAUAUGAACACUAAUUUAUAAGAUAUAUCAUCCCUUCAUGUACUGUUACAUGUCAAUCAUGCUGCCCCUCUUUGUGGACAGUUAUCUGUCAGACAUCUCUACUUCUCUUGUACCCAAAUCUAUUAGUCAUCUUGUCCUCUCAUGACCCUCAUCCGUCAGUCAUCCCUUUCUCCCAUGGACACUAAUAUUUAUUAUUCUCAUGGACGUUAUCUGUCAGAUUGGGUUCUAUUUCAUGCAGAAAACUCUCUGAGCAACAAAAGUUGUUCUCACAUGGAUGGCGAUCAGUCGUAGAAACUCUCACAGACAGAUCUCAGACAAGGUUCUCUCUUGCACGUGGACAACUCUGUUUUGCAUGAUAACUGAUAGAAAAUGAUUUUGUCAAAUGGAACACUCUCAACAGAGAAUUAUUUGUUAGAUUCAAUUGUAUCACUGUCUUAAAUUUACAUUUACCAAGCAUGGACACUUGUCUUCUCACACCGAGCUCUCUUUUAUAUAGAUUGUGAUCUCACACUGAUCUUAUCUUACAUUUACUAAAAGUAUGCUUGCCUUUUAUUUAUUUCAUUUUCAUUUCCCAGGUCUUUGGAGCUUCUUUUUGCCAGCAAUCAGAGCAAUAAGCUUCUGUAUGGUGAGCCCCCAAAAUCUCCUAGAGCAACCCGCAAAUUCUCAUCUCCACCACCCCUGUCCAUCACCAAGUCCUCUUCACCAAGCCGCAGGCGCAAAUUAUCUCUCAACAUUCCUAUUAUCACUGGUGGAAAAGCUCUAGAUCUUGCAGCUCUUGGAAGCUCACCUAAUGGAUAUUCUAAUUCCAGUCCUGCACCUCCACCUUAUAGCAAGACCACCCUAGACAUUAAUAAGCUCUAUGUGUCUGGGAGUUUCCCCAGCAAGGUGGGAGAAGGAGAGGAACCACCAGCUGAAAGAGACGAGGAGCCUGUGCUACAAAAACAGAGUAAGUUUAAAUAAUUGUGUGGAAGGGAAAUAUAAGGUGAUAGUGAAAGAAUAUAAGUUAGUGGGGUUAUAUUAGAAAAUGGUAAUUCUGUAAAUUCACCAAUUCUCUUACAGCCUCUGAAGUUUCUGGCCGCGUAGAAUCAGAUACUGAACAAAACAGUGAUGAGGCUGAAACGGAUACUUCACCGACCCGAUCUCCAACCACCCCAAUAUCUCAGCGAAGCCGGAACUCUGCAGGUUAUUUUAUUUUCUCACAUGAUGUUGUGCUGUCAGUUUGAAAAUAUGUGAUUUACAGAUCAUUCCCUAUUAAGCUCUAAUGAGCUGUAAAAGUUAAAAACUGGCUUUUAUUUCUUUUGCUGUAUUCUGCUCAUAUGAUUUCACCCUUCAAAACCAUUUCUGUUUAAACUUUAAUUUAAAUUAUAUAAAAAAAACUACAGAAACUUGAAACUGACUAUUUUGCACAGUCACUUUAUAUACAAUGCUUUUUACAAAAGUAAUAUGUUUGACUAAUUUUUAUGCUCGUCCUUCCUUGCAUAGAUUUCACACUCUUUUCAUACAACAAUGGAAUUGUGAUGACUUCCUGUCGAGAACAUGACAACAGCCGCAGCAACCUAUCAGCAGCUUCUGCCUUCGCUAUUGCAACUGCUGGUGCAAAUGAAGGUACUCCCACCAAGGAGACAUACAGGAGGAUGUCUUUGGCCACAGCAGGUAAGGGAGAUUCAUAAGACACGAGGUUCGCAAAUUCGGAAGGGAGUGUGCUAUGUUAAAAGCAUUUGGGAAGGAACUAGAUACAUAAAAAAUUUAAGGUUUAAAUAUAAAUUAAAGGAAUACAAACCUCUAUUCCUAAUGCUUUAGUGUACCUGAACCUUUUGAUAGAGGUCCUCCCCAAGUGUUUCCAUAUUUUUUUUUAUUUUCUUUCCUUUUACCAGCACAGAAGCUCCCCUGGCGCUGCUUACCUCUUCUUGUCCGGCGACAUAAUGGAGGAGGCAUAGCCUCCAGCAACAGUACAAUCCAAUGCCUUAUGCAUCCAAGCUUCCCAAUUUGGAGGCAUCGAAUCAAUUCUUUCCUAUGGGGGUUUUACUCAGUUGUUGCAGUGGUUGUUUAACCCUUCAAGAUAAACAUUGCAGUUUAAAAUUACAAGAAGAGGAAUGUAUCUAAUACAUGAUGCGAGAUAUAUGCAUCAAGAGAAGGGGUUCAAAAUAGCCAACAAAAGGCCUACUAUAUAGGCCAGACAGAACCACUAAAAUUAACACAGACUAGCGACCGCGCUGUUUUCAUUCUAUAUUUCUAUUCAAACAUAUAUAGUGUUUAUUCCUAUUUUUGCAGAUCUUAUUAAUUUUCAUAGCUCUAUCUUGACUAAUAGAUCUUUGGGGGGUUGGAGUUAGGUGCCCUUGAAGGCACGGGACACAUAUUUAUAUAGAGGGUGCUACCUUUUCUCAUAUCGUUAACUAUAUUUUUUUGUAUCAUUGGACAAUUUUGGUAUAUGAUACUUUGUAGCACUGGUUAUUGCUACUUGAUUUUUACAUGUGUCUUUGUUCUACUCUCUCCCUCCUAGCUAUUCUCAUGUAUGCUUUACUGUCGGUACAGCGAUUAUUGGCUGCUGCCGUUCUAUAUAUACCCCUUAUAUCUAGUUAAUUAGUGGUAUCCUUCGAUUUAGAUUACCACUUUAACCACUUCAAUACUGGUUUGAAUAUCAGCUCAACGUUCAUUUAAUGAUCUCAUUUUUCUUUUACUGAUAUUUAUGACUUCUUCUCAGAUAUUUAAAGGACCUAUAUAGUCCAAUAGCAUUUUCUGAUAUUUCAAGCAACAGACUUUAUAAUCUAUUGUUGAACCACCAGGGUGUUUGAAUGUAUGGCACAUCAUUAGCCACUAUGGACAGGAACAGCUUUCUAGAUUAUGUCACACUCACUGGUUGAUAGGACCUAUAUUAAUCUACUAGCUUAGUUUUGGUCUCCAUAGUACCAGACCACACCACUGAUUAUUCAUCCAUUAGAUCGGCAUUCUGCUCUUCUAACCUGACUUAUUACCAGCUACUACCGAUAGUAAUAGUUUCUUAUAUUUUGAUCUGCAAUUAUAUUUUGUUUUUAUUAUUUUCAUACGACCUGUAUUUAUAUUUAUAUUUUAACUUUUUGGUGUUUAUAGGUAGCACAUAUUUGGGUUACAUUUUUGUAGUGUUUAAUAAAUCUUUAUUAUUUUUUGUUCUUUCAUUUUAGUGGUUCUGUCUGGCCUAUAUAGUAGGCCUUUUGUUGGCUAUUUUGAACCCCUUCUCUUGAUGCAUAUAUCUCGCAUCAUGUAUUAGAUACAUUCCUCUUCUUGUAUUUUUCAUUUUCUAUCAGGGGUUACCCCCCACUUCUAUUGUGUAUCUAAUCUGGCUCUACUCACUUACUGUUCAGUUUAAAAUUACAGGACCACUGCACCCAGGCCACUCCAUUGAGACAAAAAUGUCCUGGGUGACAUUAGUGGUCCUUUAAGUAUAGUGUCUUAUGAGCGAAUACAUGAAAGUACAAACAGAUGCAAAUGGUUUAGAAAGUGCAGAAUAAAGUGAUAUAAUUCAGAAUGAGUUGGAGCUCUAUAAGAGUAGAGGAGCUAUUCCUUGUCGCCAUGCACCCUCAAACAGCAUAUCCCCUGUGUUUAAGCGCAACCGGUGAUGGAUGAACUGUCCAGCUUCGCUUAUAACUCUUCUGUGUGUGAGCUUUUGUGAUUUGUGUAUGCCACAGGCUUCCCUUCAGAUCAAAGGAAUGGAGACAAAGAAUUUGUAAUCAGGAGAGCAGCGACAAACCGUGUGCUGAAUGUACUGAGACACUGGGUGUCUAAACAUGCACAGGUACCUUGAGAACCCCUGAAGUGGCACAGAGUUCUUUCACCCAUGCAAAUAACUAAUGUGAAUACCCUUUUUGCAUGCAAAUAUACAUUCCUAUCUACAACGUUUUAUUAAUUUUCAAACAGCCUACCAACACCAUUAGUUUCCAACAAAAAUGAAUAGCAUCCCCUACCAACACAUCUUUAAUCAUUUAUCUCUACCCAUUUCACCCACCUUUAAAAUAGUCUCAACUUGAUCACACUUCUUCUACUUGCUGGUGUAUUUCUGUAUUGUCAUAUUUUAUAGUUGUGUCUGUAUGUAUUUUAUGUUUUUCUCAGGAUUUUGAGACAAACCUACAGCUAAAGACCAAAGUGAUCUGUUUUCUCGAGGAGGUAAUACACAACCCUGAGCUACUGGCCCAGGAAAGGAAGGCAGCAGCCAAUAUUAUUCGGUAAGACGCGCAUCCAGCUCUGAGCUAUUAGACUAUGUAAGAGGGAAGUAGGAAUAUCAAUUGGUGAGGGACCCACUUUGAUAUGGAACUCUUAGUUAUUAGUCUUAUAUCAGAAAAAAUCAGCAAUAUCUUUCUUUGAGACAAUCACACUUGUGGCCCAGGACGAUUAGCCCAAUAUAAGAAGGUGGCAUAGAUUACCGUUAUCUUAAUUACUUGUGAUUUUAAAUGCACCAACAUGUUACCAAGCAAAAUGCAUUGGAAUGCAGUUUCCAAGAAGCUGAUUAACAAUGAACCUUAUGUGAAAUAAACCGUUACAGUAUGUAUGAUUGGAGUGAAGGCGCAGGUAAUAAAUAAGGUGAAGAAACAGUUAAACAUGCAAGGUAUAUUGCUGGCAGCUAAAACCUGUACUUAGAUGAAGUGAAGGCAGCUAAAAUAUACAGCAUAUAUUGCAACUCAAGUUGGGAAGUUGUAGAAUAAAACCGACAUUUGAGAUCUAACAUUACACACAGUAUGAAUAUUGCUUAAUGAUUGGAUACAGUCCAAAAGUUCGAGAAAUUAAUACAAAUGAGUCUUUAUAGCCAGAAAAUAGUGGCCCAGAUAAUAUAGUACUGACAAAUCCAAAGUCCAAAGAAAAUGUACAAGAUGUAAAAAACCACUAUUAGAUCACAGUAAUAGAUCUAAAGUGGCAGGAUAUUCACUGCAAUAUAAGUUUAAUUUUAUCAAGUAUAGAUUGGAUAAACAGGAUCUCCGGGCAGGGCCGGAUUAACAUAGGGGCUGAUGGAGCUGCAGCUCCAGGCCCAGGCCCAGGCCCAGGCCCAGGCCCAUGGAAUAGGCCCAUUGAUUUUGAAAAAGAAAAAAAAUAUAUAUAUUUUUUUACUUUAUUUUUAUUUUUUUUACACAUUACUCUUAGGGUUGCUACUUGGCUGGUAUUUUAUGGUAUUUGAGGCUGCCUGGCCAGUGCUAGUAUUGCAGUAAAACCGACAAUACAAAUGCAGGCAUAUUUCUAUGUAUAAACAGAGAUUACUCUGCAAUACCUGCACCGGCCAAUAGGGGUCACUGUGUGUGGAGAGAGGCAGGGAUAGGUAGUUACAGCAUAUCCCUGCCUCUCUCUACACACUGAUCCAUGGGGGAGCAGCUACACAGCACAGAGAGUCCAGACAGCAGCUCCCAGUCUGCAGAGACAGCCUACAGCUCAGGGAAGUGAGGGAUGGGAUAAAGGCUGCAGGGAGACAUGGGGACACUGGGAGAAACUAGGGGACACUGGGUGACCUGGGAACACUGAGACACUUGGGGACACUGAGAGACCUGGGGACACUGGAAGAUCAGGGGACACUGAAACACAUGUGGACGUUGUGAGACACUAGGCACAUGGGGACACUGGGAGACAUGGGGACACUGAGACACUGUGUCCCUAGCAUCUGUGUCCCCAUGUCUCCUAAUGUCCCCAAGUCUCUGUGUCCCUAGUGUCUCAGUGUCCACAUGUCUCCCAAAGUCUGUGUCUCCCAGUGUCCCCUAGUGUCAAAAUGUCUCACAGUGUUACCAUAUCUCUUAAGUGUCCAAGUGACACUGGGCAACAUGGGGACACGAGGGGACACUGAGACACAUGGGGCACUGAAACAUUGUGAUACAUUGGGACACUGUGAUACAUAGAAGACACUGAGAUAUGGGGACACAUGGGGCACUGAAACAUUGUGAUACAUUGGGACACUGUGAUACAUAGAAGACACUGAGACAUGGGGACACAUGGGGCACUGAAACACUUUGGUACAUAGGGGACACAGACACUAGGGGACACUGGGAGACAUGGGGACACUGAGACACUGUGUCCCUAGUGUUUGUGUCCCCAUGUCUCCUAAUGUCCCCAAGUCUUUCAGUGUCCCUAGUGUCUCAGUGUCCGCAUGUCUCCCACUGUCCCUAUGUUUCAGUGUUCCCUAGUGUCAAAAUGUCUCACAGUGUUACCAUGUUUCUUAAGUGUCCCCUAGUGUCCAAGUGACACUGGGCAACAUGGGGAAAUGAGGGGGCACUGAGACAUUGUGAUACAUAGGGACACUGUAAUACAUAGAAGACAUGGGGACAUGAGGAUACACUGGGACACAUGGGGCACUGAAACACAUAGGGGACACAGACAGUAGGGGAUACUGGGAGACAUGAGGACACUGGAAGACUAGGGGACACUAAGACACUGGGAGACAGGGAGACACUGGUAACAAUCCAUCUUUUAUUCAGCAGAAUAAAUGUGAGUAGUUUUUUGGUGAUUUUACAGAAUUUUCUCUUAGGUCACUCCUUGUGAUUUACACACAUACAUAAUUAAUUAUGCAAAUUAGUAAGGCCGGUAUUUUUUUCCAAGAAAGGUGGCAACCCUAACUAUCCUUCACAUACUCUUGCUUAAGUAUGUAUGGUGAACAAAACUUGUGCUGUCUGGCUGACAAUGAAAUUAGUUAAGGUAAAGCUGACUUUGUGCACAAUGCAAAUGAUCUUGCUGCUUCAGUCUCUCUAACACUGUGACAUGUUCCUUUUCUUCUACACUCACUACAUGCAGCUGUUCUCUGUCCCAGACUAUAUACCAUGAGCUUCUGCCUGCUAGUAAGGAGGUUAGGAGGGGAAUGGACCAGCGAGUGCUAGGGCACAGUCCUUAGAAAUCGUGGAGCGAAAUCAUCGUUAGACACAUUUAUGCCAAGCUCAGGGUGCUGUCUGCAUAGUUUGCCCUUAGUUGGCCAGCCUGCAUGAUUGGCAGGUAGCCUGACAUGCAUUCAUGCCAGGCUGGCCUUCCAAUUCAUUAGGCAGACAUUAAGGCAUGUUCGCCUUUUUCGGCAGUUCUGAUUACAUGAUUUGCGUCAGUGGCCCACCCUUUUACCCUGUCCUGCUUCACUGGACACUGCUGUUAGGGGUAUGGAUUUACUUGAAAUAUGAAAGCAUAAAUUAGACAAGGAUUAGCAGAGAGUGUGUGUUUUCUCAUGGCUGCACCCUAUGAAUUUCCCUUCAGCACCACUUCUGCCAGAUACAUGACUAUUGGUAGUUAUGACUGUUUUAGUGUUUUUGGUCGAUAAGAUUCUGUAAUUAGGCCCAUCAUAAUUGUCAGCACCAGGCCCCCUGGGCACUUAGAAAAAUACAAAAGGGAUAAGUGCUGCGCCCGAGGCUAUAAUCAGUAAUCUAUAAUAACAAACAACCAGACCAAAUGGUCUAAAUGGAGAUACAACAAAAUAGGCCUAUAUAAAAUAGAACAAUGAAAAAAGUCCCAAGCGCACAAUAAAAUUCGAAAAUAAAAAUGGUAAAUAAAAGUCACAUAAAAAGUCUCUCUAUAUACCAGGAUAAGGGGGGAAGUUGGCAAUCCUCAGGAGUUGAUCCGUCCAGAUGGUUUAAAUUAUCGGUAUAUGUGGAGAGAAAGGGAAAACGACAAAAUAGCCGAUGGUGUAAUAUCGUCAGAAUCCAGUAAAAAAUAAUUAAAAUGAAGGUAAUACACUCACAUUUAAAAGAGCUCUAGCCAGCUCUGGGGUAAAGGGCAUGUAGCGGUAUGAUCCCCACUAACGGAUAUAGUGGAGAGGUAUGUCCGUCAAUCCAGUCUGGUUAGGCAGUGCUCCAAGGCACUGGCGUACAUACCAGGGUCGCAGGGGUCGCGACUGCGACCGGGCCCGGCCCACCAGGGGGCCCGGCCGCCCCUGCGACCCGGUAUGUACGCCCAGGGCCAGCCUCUUCCCCUGGGGGGCCCAGGAGCCGGCCACCCCAGGGCCCCCUGAGGCUGGCCCUGCUGACCCCGGGUGGCCGGUCAGGCAGGCGGGCGCGCGAGGGAGCACUCAGUGCUUCCUCUUCAGCUCCCUCGCGCACCGCAAUGAUACCGGAGCCGGAAGAUGACGUCAUCUUCCGGCGCCUGCAUCCCUACGCGGCGCGCGAGGGAGCUGAAGAGGAAGCACUGAGUGCUCCCUCGCGCGCCCGCCCGCCUGCCUGCCCGACCGGCCACCCGCCCACAGUGACCUGCCGCCCAGGGAAUCCCCCCAGCACUCCAAAAGGUAAGGAGGCUGGGGGGAUUAUAUUAAAAAAAAAAAAAAAUCAUGUGUGAGUGUUAGUGUGAGUGUUAGUGUGUGUGUUAGAGUGAGUGUUAGUGUGUGUGAGUGUUAGUGUGAGUGUGAGUGUUAGUGUGUGUGAGUGUUAGAGUGAGUGUUAGUGUGUGUGAGUGUUAGAGUGUUAGUGUGUGUUAGAGUGAGUGUUAGUGUGUCUGCUAGUGAGUGUUAGUGUGUUAGUGUGUUACUGUGUGUGUCUUACUGAGUGUGUGUGUGUUAGUGAGUCUGUUUGAUGUCUGUUAGUGAGUGUGUGUUUGUCAAUGAGAGUGUAUGUUUUGUGAGUGAGUGUGUAUGUAUGUCUGUCGCUGACUGUGUCUCUGUCAGUAAAUGUGUGUGUCUGUUAGCUAGUGUGUAUGCGUCUGUAAGUGAGAGUGUGUGUGUCUUCAGCACUUACCUUUCUCCAGCGCCGGACUCCCUUGGCGCUGAGGAUCCCUCAGCCUCUCAGCUCCGAAUGCGACCGCGCACGCAUUCAAACCGCCCAUAGGAAAGCAUUACUCAAUGCUUUCCUAUGGACGUUCAGUGUGCUCCUCUAGCGGCUGUCCAGUGAGACAGCCACUAGAGGCUGGAUUAACCCUCAGUGAAACAUAGCAGUUUCUCUGAAACUGCUAUGUUUUCAGCUGCAGGGUUAAAACUAGAGGGACCUGACACCCAGACAACUUCAUUGAGCUGAUGUGAUCUGGGUGUCUGUAGUGGUCCUUUAAAGGACCACUAUAGUGCCAGGAAAACAUACUCGUUUUCCUGGCACUAUAGUGCCCUGAGGGUGCCCCCACCCUCAGGGACCCCCUCCCGCCCGGCUCUGGAAAGGGGUAAAACUUACCUUUUUCCACCGCUGGGCGGAGAGCUCUCCUCCUCCGAUCCUCCUCUUCUCCUCCCCGUCGGCUGUAUGCGCACGCGCGGCAAGAGCUGUGCACGCAUUCAGCCGGUCACAUAGGAAAGCAUUCAUAAUGCUUUCCUAUGGACGCUGGCGUGCUCUCACUGUGAAAAUCACAGUGAGAAGCACGCAAGCGCCUCUAGCGGCUGUCAAUGGGACAGCCACUAGAGGAAAUAGGGGAAGGCUUAACCCAUUCAUAAACACAGCAGUUUCUCUGAAACUGCUAUGUUUAUGAAAAAAUGGGUUAACCCUAGCUCGACCUGGCACCCAGACCACUUCAUUAAGCUGAAGUGGUCUGGGUGCCUAGAGUGGUCCUUUAAGUGUGUGUGCAUCUGCAUGCACUGGCGUACAUACCGCGGUCGCAGCCCUGUAACCCCUGCGACCAGGUGCCCACCGCCAUGUGUUGCGGCCCGGCCCGCGCGGGGGCCCACGGAUCAAUUUUCGCACCGGGGCCCCAUGGGUCAUGUGUACGCCACUGCUCCAAGGUAUAUAUAAGAAAACAGCGAUAGUGCUCUCGGUAUAUAAUGGAAUAAAAAUAAAGUAUAUAAAAUUUACUUACAAGUAUAAAGCAGAGGAUACUGCUCUAUUAACUCAGUGCUGGUGGAAUAAUCCCCACCUCGGAUUUCUUUGGUACAGGAUACAGGAUAAAAUAGAAAGAUGCCAGGAGAAUAAAAAAGUGCAAAUAAAAUACAAAAAAAAGAGAAUUGGUAUAAAAAUUUAAUAACCAAAAAACUUUUAUUGCUUAAAAUACACAGUUUAAAACCAUUAAUGCGUUUCACCAUAAAAAGGCUUUAUCAAAAUUGCUAAUAUACCUAUAUUAUGCUAAUUAAAUAAACCCAAAUCACAUUCCGAAUAUAAAUAAGAAACUGUUAUUUACUCUGUAGUACACACACAGUUAUGUAUUCUCAGUAUUUCAUGUUUUUAACACUUUGAAUAUUUAAUCUUUAGCACUUUGACUCAAGAGGAUCCUGGAGACAGCCUGGUUACCUUGGAAGAAAUUGAGCAUAUGGUGAGUUCAAAAACAAUAUUGUAUCAUGUUAGGGAUAUGUAGGAUACAGAGCGACAAUAUUGAAAACUAGGAAUAGAAUUUUGGGGGUUGUCUAAGUGGUAGACCUCUUUUAUAAUUCUAUAUUUCAUUUGGUACCAUGAUGUUGGAGCAUUAAACAGAUGUGUGUUACGUAUUAUAUUGUUUGUUAGGCACAGUCAACAGUAACUCCAGCAGAACCUUUUGAGUCUCUAUCUGCUCUUGAGAUUGCUGAGCAACUCACAUUAUUGGAUCACCUGAUCUUCAGAAAGAUACCAUAUGAGUAAGCUGCACAUGCCCCUAAUUCUCACUUUGCAUUUUCUUUUAUUCUUAAUAACUGACUUUUGCCCAAUUUAUGUGCACGACGACUUCUCUCAUAAAACCUCAUGUACAUGCUUUUUGCAUACACAAUUACCAGUUCUCUGAUCGUUUCUACAACCUUAAUGUCCACCAUUCCAACCAUCCAUAACACUUAAAUAAUAUCAUACAUACACUGUUUCCACAGAAAACAAAACUUUGAUUGUUUGUAGGAUACUAAUAAAGCAUUGUCAUCUAUGGUCUUUGGUCUGUCCUCCAUGAAAUCAUUUAGCUGCACUUUGCAUCAUGCAUCCUUUAAAUCCACACUGAAUGCACUGUGCAUCCCUUUCUCAACACCUGUGUACACACUAGGCAUUUCUCAUUCACCUCCCACAUACAGAAUGCAUCUCUCAUUCCACUCCCAUGUGCAUCAGGCAUUCUUCAUAGAACCCCAUCCCUCCUUAUAAUGCUUGCACACAUGCUUCGCAUAUAAUAUAUAUAUUUAUUUUUUUAUCUUGCCCCGACAGGGAAUUUUUUGGUCAGGGUUGGAUGAAAGCUGACAAGUGUGAGCGGACCCCUUAUAUCAUGAACACCAGCAAACACUUCAAUCACGUGAGUUUCAAGACUGUACAAGAUCUAUGGGAAGAGUUCACUGACAGUCUAGAGAUAUUGCAUAUAAAAAUAUGAAAUAUAUAUCAAUAAAAAUGCUGAUGAUAUUGUUUUCAAAUGGAGGUUUCAAAGCAAUUACAGAGCAUUACCAAUAAGAUAUGUUCUAAUAGUAUUUACAAGGAUAAUAAUCAUAUAUCUGGUAAUAUUUCACAGAUGAGUAACCUGAUUGCCACUGAAAUUCUGCGGAACGAGGAGCCAAUGACACGUAGUAGUACCAUUGAAAAGUGGGUGGCGGUGGCUGAUAUCUGUCGAUGUCUUCACAAUUACAAUGCAGUUCUAGAGAUUACAUCCUCAUUAAACCGCAGUGCUAUCUUUCGGCUUAAGCGUACCUGGAUGAAGGUGUCCAAGCAGGUACACCCAGCUCUCUAAAAGUACAAAACAUGUAUUCCUCAGUAAGUAGACAGUAACAGGUAUGAACAGUAAGAAUAGCAUGGAAUAAGCAGGAGUCGCUACACAAAUGGGUUACAAAUACAAUAAAAUAUGAAUUGCCUACAACAGGUAGGAGUUGGUACCUGGAUAUCAGGAAACAUAGUGACACAAGCACUUCCAGAAACACACAAGGAGCAACAAAGGUAACUUUUCCUUUUAGAUUAUACAGGGAAUAUCAUGGGGCAAAGCACUAAUUAGAACACUAUACAGGAAGUUGUAGAAGGGCAGGUAGACAAAAAGUGACUGCACUGGGAGUAGCAGCAAUAGCGAGAGAGACUGCGAAAGGUUGACAUAAUAAACUAAAACCGAGAGGUUAGGAAGUAGACAGAGAUUCCAUGUAUGUAAUCGGCUAACGUUCUGGAAGAUAUCUAAGAUGCCUGUCCACAGCUGACAUAGCAUAAGCAAUAGGUCAAACCAAGGGGAGUGUGACUUGUCUCUUACCCCUAGUCAUUAUGGGGUAAGUGAAGUCAGUAAAGCUAAUGAUUACAGAUUAAGGAGUUUAGAAGCCUGUUGGUGUUUUGCCACUAAAAUUUUGUUUUUAUAAUAAAAUAGCAUUUCUUUUUAUUUGCCCUCUUUUGGUAACCUGUAUAUUAUUAUUUUAUUAUUUCUAUAGUGCCAUCAGAUUCCGUAGCGCUAGUCAUCUAACACCAUCUAAUCUUUACCUACAACAAUAUUAUCCAUUGAUAAAAUAUGCAGGUCUGUCUGUUUACCGUCUUUUGGAUCUCUAUGUUUUGUACCAACUUUAUAAAUUCAUCUUCACCAGAGAAUGUAAUAAAAACUUCUACCAACUGAUGCCAUUAGGAUCCUUCAGACAUGCAGCAAGUCUCUUUUCUUAAUUGCCCUGUUCUUUUUUCCUGUUAUUAAACUCUUUAUGAUUCUAUUUUUCCUAUCAUAAUUCCUCCAGACUAAAACUUUAAUUGACCGGCUUCAGAAAUUGGUAUCUUCAGAAGGCCGAUUUAAGAACCUGAGAGAGGCCCUUAAGAAGUAAGUUCGGAAUAUAAAAAACACAUAUUUAAUUUACUACAAUGCAGAGUACAUGUGCAGUGUUUUAUUUUGGGAGAAAUACAAAUGUUUUCUAUGAGAUGAUGUUACUUUAAACUGUCUUUGAAAAAUGUUGUAAGAUUAAUUUGCUUAGCAAAUGAUUAUUUAUAUAUAGAUUGAGGAUAAUAUUGUUCUAUCAACCACUUCUCUACUAUAGAGUAUUGUGUCUUUAAUUGACCCACAUUACAAUAAUAUCAUCUUGCAUAGAAUUUUUUUUAUUAACUAAUAAAACAAUAAUAUCGUUACAGAAUAUUACAUCAAAUCUUCCUUUGCGUAACAUUAUAUCAAUAAAUCCUCCCUUGUAGGGUAUUUUGGCAAUAAAUCAUCCUGCAGAAUAAUAUACCAGUGAACUAUUGUCUGCAAAACCUUUUAUCCAAACGUGAUCUGCAGAAAUGUCAAUACUUACUACACAGAAGUAUUAUUAUCAUUAUUGGCAUUUAUAUAGCGCCAACAAAUUCCGUAGUACUUUACAAAAUUAUAGGAGGGAGAGAUUUAACAAUAAAUGAGACAAUUACAAAAACUUACAGGAAUGAUAGGAUGAAGAGAACUCUGCUCAAAGAGCUUACAGUCUAGAGCAGGGGAUCCCAAUUAAUUUUUCCCGUGGAACCCUUUGACAUAAUGCGCUAACAACGUGGAACCCCCAAAAACUUUUGGUGCCGUAGCACAGAUAGUAAACAGAUAGUAGUACUUAGUAACAGGUGUGCUUUUGUGUGUACAGUUGGUGAUUGUAUAUAAUAGAAUUUUGAUACAGGGGUGUGAUUGUAUGUAAUGUUUACAUUUGAGUGCAGGGGUGUGCUUGGAUGUAGUGUUGGCUUUUAAAUGUACAUUUCUGUGUAGUAUUAGUGUUUGAGUGAAGGGUGUGUUUGAAUGUUUGCAUAUAAAUUAGACCUUUAAAUCCAGGGGGUUUUGUAUGUAAAUGUUUGUGCUUGCAAGAGUGUGUUUGCGUGUUGUGUUUGAUUGCUGGGAUGUAUGCACAUAUACUGCCACGUACAUACAGACACACAUAUAAACAUGCACAGACUUUGACACACACAUGCACACUGGCACACACACACACACACACUCAGAUACAUACACACAGUGACACAUACACAAACCUUGAUACACACACUGACACACACUCAGAUGCGCACAUUGGCACAUACAAACAGUAACACAUACACAAACCUUGACCUACAGAUACACACAAUGGCACAUACAAACAUAAACACACACACCUUGACAUACAGAUACACACACACACUCAGAUACAGAUACUGGCACAUACACACACUCAGAUGCACACAGUGACACACAAAUACUCAGAUACACAAAGUGACACAUACACAUACUUGCAGCCACAGAUAUACAUACUGGCAGAUACACACAGUGACACAUACGCAAACCUUGACCCACAGAUACACACACUGUCAUAUACACACUGACAUAUACACAUUGGCACAUGAAAGUACACUGAUACACACCGGUACAUACAUACACACACACACAGUGACACAUACACACAGACAAUCUGACUUACAUCAGAGCAACCCUCAUGUUAACUUACCUUGUGGUCCUGGUGAUGUUGGCUGAGGCUGAUGGGAGUGAGCUGCUGCAUGCUCACUCCAGCCUCUCCUCUGCCUUGCAUGCUGCUCCCUUUCUGGGAUGCCGUCUCCAGCCUCCUCCUCCCUUCCUACUACGCGGCAGCAAAUCUGUGAAGCUGGGAGGAAGUGCUGUCACUUCCUCCCAGCCAGCCGAUACUACAGAGGCCCGGUCAGGCUCAUAAAUGGCCGCGGCACCCGACCGGGCCCCUAUUAAGCGAUCAAAUCGCGGCAGCUGUUUUGUUUCGCGAAAUUACGGUGCAACCCCAUUUGUGUUCUCGCGGAACACCAAUUGGGAAACGCUGGUCUAGAGUAUAAACAGAAAUCUUCUACAUAUCUAUGCAGUACAGACACAGUAUUCCGAAUUGCAAUUUAUGUAAACUUCUUACUGCACAUAAAACCAUGUAACAAAUACUACAAUACAGAAAGAUCAUAUUGCAUGAUGAGUGUGAAAACAGUUACAGAGCUUUUGCAAAAUGUUCUAAUUAAUUUGUACUCUGAAUUCUUCGUCAAGCAUGCUGAGGCUAUAUGUGCCUCUGGCUCGCUGUUGAGCAUUGCAACAUUAAUUAAUUUGUUAUUGAGUACUUAAAAACUGUAAGAUAUCUGAAGAACAUAACCAUCCAGAUGACAUUACAGCAUGUUCUUACCAUAUGCAGACCAUUGUAUAUUGAACUAACAGGGAAGUAACUGUAUCAUUCAAAAUUAAAUUCUACUUGAGAGAGUAUUAUUCGUGUCCGAUCCUUGUUAUGUUUGAGUAUUUUUCUGUAUUCUCAGCUGUGACCCUCCAUGUGUCCCCUAUUUGGGAAUGUACCUGACAGAUCUGGCAUUCAUCGAGGAAGGGACACCAAAUUACACAGAGGAUGAUCUGGUUAAUUUCUCCAAGAUGAGGAUGGUGAGAUACAGUAUUAAUACAAACUCCAUUCACGUUUGCACAUCACAUGCAUAUUGCACAGCAGCUUUCAAAGAUCAUGUUUACAUUAUUGUCACAAAAUGAAUAUUAUGCUGAAUAUGUAAGUAAUGAAACAGGCUUGCCUUUUUUUAGAUUUUCAACUCAGGUUUAUGCAGAUUCCCUUGGGAUUAAUAUGCUAUGCUAAUAUAUAGCUUUUUAUGCCAAUAAAUGGGUUACUAUCGGAACAGACUAAAUGACUAACUAUGGCUCGCACAGUUUCAUACUCUUUGGACUAAUCAGCAUGGCGUAGCUCUGUUCCAGUGGUGGGACACUAUCCAGCAACAUAUAGUUAAACAUUAUUAAAGUAGUGAUAGUACCAAAAAGUUAUAUCUGAAAUGUAGUGUUUUUCAUCACCUGCAUAUCCCAAGGCAAACUUUACAAAAAGUUAAUUUCAGACACAGCUUUGUCUUUGAGUAUUCAACUAAUGUAUGUAUACAACAAUAUGUUUUAACAUUUACUGAAGUCGUUUUGAAGCUCUUAAUCACUUUUUUAUCCCCAUUACAGUAUUAUGACAGGAAAUUCCUUCUUCUAUAAAUUCAUUAUUUUCAGAUCUUUGAGUAUUUCUCAAGCUCCUCUCUAUGCUUUAGCUACCAUUUUACUUUCCAUUAAGCAAAAUUAAGUUCAAGUUUCUCCUGUGAUGAACACGAUUACACCUUAGUUUUGAUUAGAUUAGAUUCAACUUUAUUACCAUUGUACAGUGCACAUAUAAAGACAAUGAACCAUAGUUGGCACCUGAUCAGAAACACAGUAGUGAUUAAUAAAAAUCCAAUUAAACAGAGAAUGUAACUCUGUGAAACGUAUAACAGUCCAGAUAAUAUCAUAAUACAUCUAUAUCUAAUAAUAUAAUCCCUAACUCUUUACUGUAACAGACCAGUAAUACAUAUAGUCAUUACACAACAGUGCCCUCGAUAUUAUAGGAUACGACUAUAUAGCCUACCAUCUACAUCUGACUAAGACAUUUAUCGAAUGUAAACUCGUACAUCACAUACAAGUAAGUGCAUCAGACUACAUAUACACUUAAAGGACCACUCUAGGCCCCCAGACCACUUCAGCUUAAUGAAGUGGUCUGGGUGCCAGGUCCAGCUAGGGUUAACCCAUUUUUUCAUAAACAUAGCAGUUUCACAGAAACUGCUAUGUUUAUGAAUGGGUUAAGCCUUCCCCUAUUUCCUCUAGCGGCUGUCUCAUUGACAGCCGCUAGAGGCGCUUGUGUGCUUCUCACUGUGAUUUUCACAGUGAGAGCACGCAAGCGUCCAUAGGAAAGCAUUAUGAAUGCUUUCCUAUGUGACCAGCUGAAUGCGCGCGCAGCUCUUGCCGCGCGUGUGCAUUCAGCCGACGGGGAGGAGAAGAGGGGGAUCGGAGGAGGAGAGCUCUCCGCCCACGCUGGAAAAAGGUAAGUUUAACCCCUUUUCCCCUUUCCAGAGCCCGGCGGGAGGAGGUCCCUGAGGGUGGGGGCACCCUCAGGGCACUAUAGUGCCAGGAAAACGAGUAUGUUUUCCUGGCACUAUUGUGGUCCUUUAAUACAAUCUAGUGCAAAUCAAGUUUGACUUGCAAAUUAAGUGCACACUUCUUAACAAAGUUGGGACUGUUACAAAUUAUUAAAGUCAGGUGGCAUGAGGUGCUGUCUUCAAGACAUAUACAUGCAUAUACAGAGACAAAAACCCAGACUUACAGAUGCAUGCUCACACAGACAUUCCCAGACACAGAUACAUAAUCCAAGACAAACACACAGAUGCAUAAUUAAAUGGGAGUGCUAUAGACGAGAUUGUGAGUGCAUAGUACCUUCCAGCCCCCCUUAAGAACCACUGCUGUGGAAAAGGAACUCAUAUUUGCCAGGUUCUAGAUCUGCAUGUUAUGAGGCACUGUGCGUGUGUAUAUAUGUAUGCUGAAUUCUGUUUUUGUGUUUGGUUUCAGAUAUCACACAUUAUUCGUGAGAUUCGUCAGUUUCAGCAGACUUCUUAUAAGAUCGAGCACCAGCCUAAGGUAUUUCAGGCAUGUGAUUUUCGAUUUAACCUAAUUGCUCUGAUGUUGAAUGAAAAUAUGAACAGAGUUUGACUUGUUUAAAAAAAAAAAAACAUACAAAAAUGAAUGUAAAUUUCCUUUACGGUUCAGUUUCAAUCUACUGAUAUGCAAAACAUGUCACGAGACAAGUUUAAAAGUUAAUUCUUAAUUUACCCAUUAUGGUGCUUAUACAAUUUGUUAUAAAAUGAAUAGAAAAUAAUUUCACAAAAAGUGACUUUAAAUGCAACAAAAUUAAUAUACAUGAUGCCCAAAAUAUACUAAAGACCCAUAUUUAUAAAUUAUCCUACAAUAAAUUUUAGCAAGUUGCUUAGUGACUAAAUUUACAAAAGAGACACCAUGAGCCCCAUAACCAACUACAAAACACUGAAGUGGUUAUAGUGCCUGUAGUUCCUAGGCGCCAUCUGGUGGUAAGCUGUAAAACCUGUCUGACCAACACCAGUAGUCCUAGUGAUUUGAGCUGUUAUGGUUAAGUUAUGAUUAAAGGACCAGUAUAGGCACCCAGACCACUUCAGCUUAAUGAAGUGGUCUGGGUGCCUGGUCCAGAUAGGAUUAACCCUUUUUUUUAUAAACACUGAGGGUUAAUCCAGCCUCUAAAGCCUCUAGUGGCUGUCUCAUUGACAGCCGCUAGAAGCGCUUGCGUGCUUCUCACUGUGAAAAUCAGAGUGAGAAGACGCCAGCGUCCAUAGGAAAGCAUUAUGAAUGCUUUCCUAUGAGACUGGCUGAAAGCGCGCGCGGCUCCUGCUGCACAUGCACAUUCAGCCGAUGACGUCGCUGGAAGAAGGAGAGGAGGAGGAAAGCUCGCCGCCCGGCGCUGGAGAAAGGUAAGAUUUUAACCCCUUCCUCUCUCCAGAGACCUGAGGGUGGGGGCACCCUCAGGGCCCUAUAGUGCCAGGAAAAAGAGUAUGUUUUCCUGGCACUAUAGUGGCCCUUUAAGUUCACAAUAUCACAGUAUCAUACUAACUCAUACGAAGAUAUAACACUAUGCAAUAACUUACCAAGUUUUAAAACUAAUCAAUAACUCAUACGAAGAUUUAACACCAUUCAAUAACUCAUACGAAGAUUUAACACUAUUCAAUAACUCAUACCAAGUUUUAACACUAUUCAAUAACUAAAAUUUUGAUGGAUCUCAACUGAUGAAGUAUGAACCUCUGCUAUGUCACACCGACUCAGAUUGGAAGCAGCCAGAUGCCCAGCAGAGACAGGUAAGUGUCAAAAGAUUCUAAAAUGGUUUGACUGUUACUGUCAGAUUGUGCAUGGGGAAUCCUGGCAAUAUAACCACUACAGCACACUGUAUUGGUUAUGGUACAUGGGGUUUCUAAACUCUAGGGUCUCUUUAAUAAACACUGAAUUGUAAAGAAUUAUAAACUGAAUUACAAAACUGAGGCUAUAGAUUUUGUUGUUUGAGUUUUGCAAUGUGGCUUUCAAUUUUCACUUUAAGGUAUUAUUUAGCAAAUAAAUCAUAUAAUAUUUAUAUAUUUAUUAUUUUUCCAAAAAUAAAUGUCAAAGGAUGUAAACGUGAAUGGAAAUUUACCCAUGCAAAGUUUAACUGCCAACAUUUCAGAAAAUUCCAGGGACACUUGGCAGAGCAGAGCAAACCAAACCAAUUAACAGAGCUGAUCAUGCCCAGUGACUUUUGACAGCUCUGCCAAUUCUCUACCAAAGCUAAUACUUCUUGUUUUAUAAACGCCCACCCACUUUCCUGUUAUAAUGACAGGAGAGUUCUUUCCGCCAUUGGCUACAACACCAUCACUGUUGCUUUCUCUCUCUUUUUUUUUUUUUAUUACCCUAGUAUUCCUGAUCACUCAAUCUUUGUCAUUUUAUGUCUUUCCCUUUUGUAGUUUUCUACAUAUCUUUCUCUGACUCAGUCACUCUCUUACCCUGUAAGAGGUUUCACAGAGAAACAAAGAAACACAAAAUGACACAGAGUUUCAGUCUUUCUCUGUCUCUCAAUGUGAUGCUUUAUUCAUUCAACCCUCGAGGGCUGGGUUUACAUUACAUCUCAGGUGCCUUUUAAGAACAGAAAUCUCAAAUUCUCAGUGGACCCACUGACACCCUCUUUCCCCCAAGAAAAUAAAUAAUUGAUGCAAAACAAUUGCCAUGCACUGAUAUGAAAGUACACUGCAAGCUUGUAUAGAGGCACCCAACGUGUAAAUAUAAAGGUGAGAUUUCAAUAACAAUAAUGUCCAUCAUCAUGCACACAAUGAAGGUAAGAAAAUUCAGGUACGUGCAAUGAACAUACAAACUGGACAGAAAUGUUUCAAAUUAGUGGACACCGAACUAACUUCCUAUAAUAACCCACUUAGAAGCUGCACACUUAAUGUUAUGACUCAGGAAACUGGCAUUAAAAAGUAGGAAGCCCGACCAGUCAACCCAUACAACAGGCAUCAGGGCUGGAGUUCCCAGAAACAAUCUCAACAAUGAUGACAAAAGUUAGGUAAAUCAUGGCUUAUAUUUUAAAAAUAACUAAUACAGAAUUUGCACUAGCAAUAUCUAAUAUAGCCACUAGAGGGCCAUAACGCUCUUGCAGCCACAAUGCUGGCAAAGAUUUAAAGGAGAUGUAGUCCACAUCAUCUGGAGUUCCAACGGUUGCAUACACCUGUCCUAGAGAGUUGCUGAGCAAUACUAUGGCAUUGUCAAUCUACAAAACAACUUCCAUGAACCACAGCCACCAGUUGUCCUUGUUGCCUGAAGCCCUCAGAUGCUUUUUCACACAGCAUCUAUCAUCAGCACACAUUGUGAGAAAUAAGUAGACAGAAGUAAUGGACAGUCCCCGGUGCUUUAUUUUUCAGAAGGUAUAUCAAGGAGUGUGAUAUACAAAGGCUUCUCAAAAUGAGGAGCAAAAUAUACUUCCUGCUCAUCUGUGGAUUACGGGAAAUACCAUUUUUGCAUCUCAGGACUGUCACUUGAAAGUACCCUAAUGGCAGACUUGUCCUUCCAGUAGAUAAUCUUAGGGAUCACACAAUUUCUCUAUUACCGGUGUCUCAACUUCAGUAUACCUGGUUGUCACUGGUCAUAUCUUCCUCCUUCGUGGGAGCUGUAGAUUCAUAUUGCCAGAUUCGUGCAUGCGCAGACACACAUCAGUACUCUCAUACACAAAGGCACAUCUAGCUAUCAUUGCAAAACAGUUUGCUCCAAGGCGUCUAGCAUCAUAACCACUACAGCGGUCUGUAUAGGUUAUGAUUCUUGGAGUAACUCUUUACUUGUAACCUGUGUGUACCAUGUACCAUACAAUUUUUAAUAUCAAAUGAUUGUAGCUACAAGAAACACCACCUAUGUACUGUGUACCUUUCAUGAAAAAAAUGUAUGUUAUUGUAAUGGAGAUUGUUCCUUCUCUCCACAGGUUACACAGUAUCUCCUGGACUCCUCAUCAGUUCUGGAUGAAGAGGGCCUUUAUGAAGCUUCCCUCCGUUUGGAACCGAAACUCCCUACCUGAAUUCUUGGUGUAAAUCCCCUGCCUGUAUCAUAUUGUACAGACCCCCCACGCCUCUCGCCAGACCCCACCAUGCAGGGGUCACCAAACAGAGGCAGAGAUGUCUGUGUCUCCAUCCAUCCCAAAAUCCUAACUUCUCCUGAAGGAGAUCCCACACUACCCCUCAACCCCAGUUUGCCCCAAAGACACUCCCAGGAAGAGGAACAGGGUGGAGACUGAGAUAAUUCUCAACAGGAGCACUAUCCACUGUCCUUCCGCCUCCCUGUGUGUGGGGCAGGAUUGAACUGCUACUGCUGUCUCCUAUUGACUGCAAAUGCAAGGAGAUCAGAGCAGUGUGUCCAUUUGCAGCAGCUCAUCACCAAACCAGCGACCACCUUGUGCGAACAUCCUUAAUCAUCAGCUAUGCUUGAAUGGAGUGGUUCAUGGAGCAGGUCUCUUAAAAUUAGGUUUUAACAAAGAAGUAAUUAAUGUAUAGUAACUGUCAGUUUGAUUCAGAGAGCACAAGUGAGGUUACCCUAUUCUUCCUCAGGAGUGGAAGAUACAAAAUAUCAAUUAAAGAGACCUUAUUGCUACACACUAACAGCACACCUCCCAUGAAGUGAUCAGUCUGGGUAGAACUCUGCUUGGCAUAGCAUGUGUCCCCCUCAGAUAGUGCUAGCUCUGCAGAUUCUGGAUCCUGCUCCAGCUGGGCCAUGUAGAUCCAGAACAAAUAGUAGUUUGGAAUCUUUGCUGUCAGAAGAAAAGAAAAAAUGCACAACGGAUUCAGUGAAGAGAUCACACAGCCUUUAUCUGAUUCAUGGGCUAGGUCCAGUAGCUGCUCUACAGAAUAAAAGUUACUGGAUUUGUGGGAAAGGCACCCACAUAUGGUUUGAUUAUGGAAGUAAAGCUGGUUUAAGGAGGAAGACAAGAUGGGUUUAAUGGGAUGAUAUACUAUCAGUCCGUUUACAGCAGUGCUAUGAUUCAUGUUGCUUGUCAGACGUUGAAUUAUACACCCUGGCUAAGGCUCAUGAAGCUUGUUCUUAAGCAACAUCUAGAGAGCUGCCUAUCGUAGAACUAAAAGAGUAUAGCGUACCGAUGCAAGUUUUAUAGAGCGAUUCUGUAGUUAACAUACGGGUUGGUUUCAACUUGAUUAUUGGUGAGAUGAAUUUAGUAAAGCAGGACAAUGGUUUCUAAGUACAAUUUGUUGGUUCUGUUGCCAGGAUUGGUGGCUGGUUUAGACAAAAAUUUGCAGCUACAUUUUGUUUUCUUUAUUUUUUGUAUAAUUAAGUGUUUCCUAAUUACCUCUCACUAAUAAAUCUUUUAUCUCAGGGUUACCACCAA